AUGGUGCUCCCAAACUUAAUCCUGCAAAAGCCGUCCCCUACUUCUAAACGUAAGAAGCAUAGUGUAGCGAUAGAACGAAGAUUAAACCUGUGCAGGCAAGAUUUAGAUCUCUUGCUAAAAGAACUGAGAUUCAUUCAAGGGAAGUUUGUAAAUUCGAAGAAGGCUAGGACAGUUGAGGACAUAUCCAAAGUUUUUGCGAAACUAGCUUUCCAAGGAAAGUUAUCUGCAGCUAUUAAGCCUUUGGACAGCGAGAGCUCAACGGGCUUACUCAGCCUUACACCAGAAGUCCUAGAAGGGCUGAAGGAGAAACACCCGGAAGCGGCAGAUAUCAGCAGUAGUACAGGUCUGUUUACGCACUAUUGUUAUGCAAAUGAGGUUGGUCGCCAUACAAAGCCUUCUAAAUUUUGGAGUGAUGACGGUAUACAGCGGACACCCUAAAGGUAACAUCUGUAACUAAGAACGCUAGUUGUUGCUAAGGAAAAGGCGAUGAAGAAAUUUUGGGCGGAAGUUCUUACCCUAAUCAGUCGAGGGCAGUGUUUAAACCUAAUCAGACGAGGGCAGUGUUUAAACCUAAUCAGUCGAAGGCAUUUUUCUAACCCUAAUAAGUCGAGGGCAGUUUUUAACCCUAACAAUCGGAGACAUUUUUCUAACCCUAAUCAGUCGAGGGCAGUGUUUAACCCUAACAAAUCGAAGGCGUUUUUCUAACCCUAAUCAGUGGAGGGCAGUGUUUAACCCUAACAAAUCGAAGGCACUUUUCUAACCCUAAUCAGUCGAGGGCAGUGUUUAACCCUAAUAAAUCGAAGGCAUUUUCCUAACCCUAAUCAGUCGAGGGCCGUGUUGAGCGCUACAUCGGUCGAGUUCAAUGUCUCAACCUAACAAUCAGUAGAGUCCAAGGUCCAAUCUCCAGGGUCAUGAAAACUUGCACGUUUUCACACAAGGAUUUGCUGACUCGGCAGAAUUUGUUUCUAUUUUUAGAUCAUGACGUCAUUCUUUUGACUAGAGUCGGUAUAAAAGACCGCUAGCAACUCUCAUUUUUUCAUUCAACCCCACAUCAUUUGGAGUGAGCGGAACUCAUCCAUAAUGGUUUUUACUUAUCCGAGACCAUACCCUACCUGCGGAAAGAAACUCAAGAAUAGAAGUUCCUAUCCACGUCAUAGGAAAUAUUGCGGGAAGACAACAGUCCCUAUUCCAUGCCCGUAUUGUGAAUCAACUUUUAAAAGAAAAGAUGAUCUGUCAAAACAUAACAAACACUUCCAUUCUGAAAAAACUAAGAGAAAAGCAGAAGAAAGCAGUGAAUUAGCGAGGAUGGAGUUAUUACAUGCAGACAAAGUACCCCAUUUAUCAAUUGAAAGUCAGACAGGUGGGGCUGUGACUACUAGACGCAUGAAAAAAGACCUUGACAGUGAGAAGAAGGACCUAAACCCUGUGAAAAAAGGAGAGCCACAGGCAGUCAAAAGAAAAUCAGACGAUGAAGAUGAUGUUGAUAUGUCUCACCUCAUGGACGACGACCUGGAUGAUUUUUUGGGAGAGAGAGCCAACCGUUUGGAACUGUCUGAGAAUCCUUUGUUCGAAGCCAAUCUCACGUUUCUACCAUACAAACGGCAAGGUUUAAAGGGAGCAGUCAAAAAAGAGCAAUUUUCCGUCACGUUUGAUCAGCUACGUAAAGCCACCGAAGAGGAAUCUUUGGGAGAUGGGUUGUCGGAGUCCCUCUUUGAAGCGGUAAGAGAUAUGAUCUUAAAGGAAAAAUUGCCGGAUUCAACUAAAGUCCAUCUCACUUUAACCUCAAAGGAACAUUCCAAUGGCACUGUGAAUUCAGGAUUUUUAUCUCACGUAAAAUAUGGGAUUCCCGUCAAAGAGUUCGUGAAACGUGGCGAUUAUGUUCAUGCUAUGUUUGAGUCACUCGCCCGUAAAAUGAACAGUGCUCAAAAUAUGAAUCCAGCGAUUGGGUUCAAUGCAACUCUCACGUUUAUUACCUACCCUGAAAAAGGUGGUAAAGGUUCAGCUUCUAAAAAUCCAAACAGAUUGCCAUUUGAUUUGAUGCACAAAAAGAAAAAUUGUAUGAUCAAGAUCAAAAACACAGAUGAUUUAUGUUGUGCCCGUGCCCUCGUAACGAUGAAAGAGUACGUGGAUGGAGACCCAGACAAACAAUAUAGAAAUCUACGUGAUGGCAGACCCAUUCAAGAACGCCUAGCCAAGCAGCUUCACCAAGAUGCAAUUGUACCUGAGGGACCCUGUGGCUAUGAUGAACUAGAAAAAUUUCAAGCGUUUCUAGGACCCCAAGGCUACAAAAUCAUCGUGGUAGGUUACGUCUCUUGUGCCUGUAUUUUUCAAGGCAAUGUGGAUCAGUAUAGCAAAGUCAUUUAUUUGCUUAAACACGACAAUCAUUACAAUGGCUUACGAAGCAUGGCCGCCUUUCUGAAUCGAUCCUACUUCUGCCCUGAUUGCUGUAAAGGGUUCAACACAGAUGACACAGCAAGCCAUUCUUGAAGUGGUCGUAAUUGCUGUAGUUGUCAGCGCACACGUUCUCAGAAAAAUAAUGGUGGCUGCCCCGAUUUUUCCCCAGGAAAAAAGAGAACCAUUCACUGUAAAGACUGCCAGCGGGAUUUCUAUGGUCCAGACUGUUUCAAGGCUCAUAAAGAAACAAAAGGCAAGAAAACAGUGAGUCUUUGUCAGAAGCUAAAAAAUUGUUUAAAAUGCUGUAAAGGUUAUAAAGUCAAUCCAAAGAAGCCACACAAACGCUACCAUGACACUUGCCGUUACUGCCAUGAAUUUGUUGAAAUAUACAAUCACAAAUGUUACAUCCAACGUGUUAAAGAGGUAGAUGAUGAGGAACACGAUGAUGAUGACGAGGAAAAGAAGCUACCACCUCUCAUGGUGUUUGCUGACAUCGAAUGUUUGAUAGAACCCACAGAGCAGGGAAAGCAGUUAUUCAAAGCAGAUUUGGUUCGAUAUGCUACUGAAGAAGAUCCACACAAUGUUUCUCAUGCCUUUAGUGGCGAAACCUGCAUUCAAAAGUUUAUUGACGCAAUGAAUCAACUAACAGAAGUGGGAGACAAACAGUGCGAUUUAUUUAUAAUUUUUCACAACCUCAAGGGUUUUGAUAGCAACUUUAUCAUCGAGGAACUUUACCGCCAGGGUAUUAAGGUGGAAAACCAGCUGACGACGGGCGCCAAAACCCUGAAGUUUCAUUACUGGUAUCUGGACGCCAUCAUUACCUUCAAAGAUUCACUUUGUUUUCUCCCAAUGCCACUGGCCGAGUUGCCUGAAACAUUCAAUUUCGUCGAGCUUCAUAAAGGUUUCUUUCCGCAUGCGUUCCAUACAAGAGAGAGUUUAACUUACAGGGGUUGUCUACCGGCAAGACACUAUUUUCAGCCACAAGCAAUGAAGCAAAAGAAACGAAAGGAGUUUGACACUUGGUACGCGACUGAAUUGGCAAGAAAUGAAGAAUAUGUUCUCUGGGAGGAGUUAAACAAGUACUGCCAUUCUGAUGUAAUGGUAUUGAAAGCUGCCUGUCUAAAGUUUAUAAAAGAAUUUAAAGAGGAAGUAGGGUUUAAUCCUAUAGAAAAAUGUGCCACCAUUGCUUCUGCAUGCAAUUUAUUCUGGCGAAGAGAUCUUAUCCCCGAGGAUACCAUUGCCAUAGAACCAUUGAAUGGCUGGUGUGGUGCUAAUGUGAAUCAAAGUACAGCAGCACUAGAAUAAUUAUGUUUUGAAGAUUUUAAACUAGAAGGAAAUAAACUACGCCAUGUCCGCAACGGGGGAGAGCAAAAGAUGAUCACACAAGGCGAGGCUCUGUUUGUCGAUGGCUAUGAUGAAACUACCAAAACGGUCUAUGAAUUUCAUGGUUGCUUUUAUCAUGGGUGUGUUAAAUGUUUCCCAAACCAUCGCUACAGGAAACACAAUUGUCAUCCAGAUCGUACCAUCUCAGAAAUCUUUGAAGCCACCUGUAAAAAGACACAAGUUACGUCAAGCAGGCUAUACGGUGAUUGAGAAAUGGGAGCAUGAUUUUGAGAUUGAGAAGAAGACAAACCCCACUCUCAUGGAAUUUUUGAAGACCUUUCAGCUGUCUGAGCCAUUGAACCCUAGAGAUAGCUUCUUUGGUGGUAGAACCAAUGGAGUGCGUUUACAUUGUGUUGCAGCAGCAGGAGAAGAAAUUGGCUAUGUAGACAUCAAUUCGCUUUACCCGUACGUCAACAAAACAAAAACGUAUCCAGUGGGUCACGCCGAGAUUUUGGUCAAUCCAACAAAUCAAGAUAUUGGCAGUUACUUUGGCAUAGCAAAAGUCAAGAUUCUCCCACCACCCCAUUUGUAUCAUCCAGUACUCCCCGUCCACAUUGGUGGCAAACUCAUGUUUCCUCUAUGUACACAAUGUGUAAAGGAAGAAUUGGAAAAACAAUGGCUGACUCGUACAGCGGUUUGCACCCACACUGCGGAGGAACGCUGUAUAACGGGCACUUGGUGCACACCCGAGUUGCAGAAAGCGUUGGACCUUGGUUACAAGGUCCUAAAAAUUCACGAGGUGUGGCAUUUUUCUGAAAAUCAGCGCAAAGAGGGGUUGUUUGCAGAGUAUGUAAAUAAAUGGCUCAAAAAUAAAACUGAAGCAUCGGGUUGGCCCAAGAAUUGUACCACAGAGGCAGCAAAGUCAGAGUACAUCAAUGCUUACUAUGAGCGUGAAGGGGUUCAGCUAGAGCCUGCAAAAGUGGCCAAAAAUGGGGGACGGAAACAAGUGGCCAAACUUAUGCUCAACAGGUAAUUAGAAUUAGAAUGUAAAGAUAAGACAAAGAUCUUCAAAGAAUCAUUGUUUGAUUUGUUUGCCUCUUUGUAUUUUCAGCUUCUGGGGCAAAUUCGGCGAGAAACCCAACAAGACUCAAACCUUUACCGUCACAAGUCCUGCAGAGCUAUAUGCAAUAAUAGAAGAUGCUGGUAACAACAUUCACGACAUACGAAUAUGUACUGAUGAUAUAGUAAAAAUUGAUGUCAGUAAAGCUGUAGAAGGGGUCAUUCCAAGCAAUAAAACCAACAUUUUUAUCGCGAGUUUCACCACGUCAUGGGCCCGCUUAGAGUUGUACAAGUAUUUGGAACAGUUGAAGGAUCAAGUUCUAUAUUUUGAUACAGACAGCAUCAUUUAUCUUUGGCAUAACGGUUUACCUGAAGUGGAGACGGGUCCGUUUUUGGGUCAGAUGAAACACGAAACCGCUGGCGUACCCAUACAGGAGUUUGCGACAGGGGGUCCAAAAAAUUACACUUACAUGCUACAAAAUGGUGAAACAGAAUGCAAAAUACGCGGUUUUACUCAGGAUGAGCAGGGCAGGGCUCUGUUGAAUUUUGAUUCCAUGAAAAGUCACAUUUUAGCUGCGAUCAAAAACCCUGGGAAUGCACCACAGCCUAUUGCAGUAAAUGUAAGCGUGAAUAUGGACACCAAUAGGACCACCAAGAAAAUCUGUCUAACCCCUAAAGUCAAGAAUUAUCGCCUUGUCUUUGAAAAGCGGGUGAUUCAAACAAAGGAUUGUAGCAGCAAACCUUAUGGUUAUGAUUGGAUAGGCCAACACACUUGAACUAGGCCUCCUAAGGCUUUUUAAGUUAGCAUUUUUGCCUAGAGAUUUGUACGCUAGGUUAUUGAUUCAAUAAACGCGUGUAAGGAUUACUUCUGUGUGAUUGAUCUACCUGACUACUUAUCUCUUAAACAAAGCUAGAUUGCGCUAACCCCACUCCCUUCCCCUAAAAACACUCUCUUCCCCUAACCCCUCCCCUCCCACUCUAACAGAGAUUGGGUGGGUCUGGAUCCUAGCGAGAGAGGGGACUUGCCGACUGAGCGUUUUUCAGGCAUAGUAAGUAGAAUGAUUUUAGCGAACGUGUUAAACAGCAGUCAUAAUGCAGACAGUAUCUAUGCAAGAUUUGGGACAAUUUUCAUACUGGCAAGACAAACGACUGACUAGUUCUCAUUGCUAUGACCUUUACAACCCAGUGAUUUCUGUGGAGUUAACAGAAUUAGCGGAUCGUGUGGUAACGAUUCGGUGGUGGAAAUUCAAUUGGAUUUGUGUAUUCAACAAUUAUGUGUCCCUGCUUUGCAUGAAAGUUUGUUGAUGUCUAUGAGCGAUGCUUUAUUACAAGCACUUCAACGUUGGAUUACACGUCAUGGGUACCCUAUGUAAUCACAGUGUUAUAUUUCAUUGCAAGCAGUCGAACCGUUACCGCUGCCUUUAACAAGAUGUCUUGGGGUGUUGACAAAUAUUCCCACUUUGCAUUCUUUCCUUGGACGUGUAACUUAGCACGCAUCAUGUUAGCCCUCUUUGAUUGGUUAAGUUAUAGCUGGUUGAUGACAAUUACAAGCACCGUGUAUGGAAUUUAAAUUAGUUAUCAUACUGAUCCACGAGAACAAUAGCGAAUGAUGUCAUCAUGUAAUUAACGGACACAACAAUAGAUUGACGUCAUUCGAUUAAUCCAUGACAACAAAAGCCGUUGACGUCAUUGGGUGUAAAUACAAAAGACUUGUCCAGACCUGCCCAGUGAACGUGAUGGUAACAAACAAUACAUGACCCAAGCAUACAGAAAAUCUCUGGGGAUCACUUUUGAGUAUAAGUGCUAGGCAGUUUUCCCUUUUCAACUCACUACGUCUUUGUGCUAAUAACGACGAUGCAAAAGAUAAGGUAUCCUAGACCUUGUCCUACUUGUAGGAAGAGUUUUAGCAAAGGCCAUUUCUUUCAACAUAAAAGAGAUGCGGUACAACAGAAAAUCGAGUGAAAUGCCCAGAGUGUUACUUAACUUUUGGAUACAAACACGUUAUGUUACGACAUGUAAGACAGCAACAUUCGAACAACCCAUUGCGUUUUCCAAGUAUGAUUUGUGAUAAGGUAUUGACAACUGCUCAACCCUACACAUAAAGACCGCUCAUGCUGAUGAAAAACCUUGCUUUGACUGCUGGUACUGCAAUGCCACGUUUACAAGACAAACUGCAAGACAAGAUCACAUUCGUCAUGUGCAUGGACGUAUUUGUAGAGAGCGAGAGGUAAAUUUGUAUCUUCAUUUGCAACAUUUAAGUGAAGAGAAGAACUUCAAGAACGAGUGGCAAUUUGCGGAAUCAGACCCACUGAACACGGCGAACAUGAUGUCUGCCCCUGUGGUCAGACACCUAUACAUUCUUACUUCUUUAUAGAAAACAAAUGGAACGGGAAUCGCACCUUCGUGGGCUCAGAUUGUGUAAUAAACGUGGAUCCCAAAGCAGCAGCUGUGAUUGGUUAUUUCAAGCAUAUUUUAGAAAACACAGUGUAAAGGGACAUACAAGGGGCAAGAUGAGAGGGGAUUACAGCGAUUCGCAGUUCGCACAAACAUUACGUUAGUACAGCGCCUGCACGCAGUGGAACAUUUACACCCACAAGUAACACGAAACCCAGAGAGCGAAUGGGAAGUAGUGGUUUGUCUACCCUGAAGCGGAGACUUUGAUUAUAGGUAAAACAUAUUCUCUGAAGCUGAAGGCCAAGUAUAAACAAGGGUAGCUUACUUUUUCACAGCAUUGCAAUUUCACUAGGUACGUCAUUUGCUAUAUAAGGUAAAUAAAUCACACAUUGUUUAUACAUUUCAACUGACUGUGUUUUAUUCACUGACCGUUUUCUAAUUUACUACAAAGUUGGGUAUAUUUUGACUGCAAGUCUGCGAGCUCUUGCUGGAGUUGAGCCACAGUAGGUUUCUUGGGUUUUUUACGGGCCUUGAGCCGCUGACGAUCACCUUCCCGUUGCUUCCUCAUAGUUUGAUAACUGUCUUGAUCUUGAGAGAGUUUCUUCUCUUCUUCUUGAAUCAUUUGAUCCAAAAUGACACUUUGCACUUGAUCACAGGCAGCAUUGACGAUAGCUUGAGCUUCGGGGGAACUCAUUUUUGGGUAUGGUUUUAUAGAUUUCAUUCUUUGCGGAAACGUACCAUUCUUGAGAUGUUUUUUGAACCCUUUGAGGGUAUGCUCUCGAUACUUGAUUCUAGCUUUGAUCGUCAUCAGUUUUUGUCGAUAACCCUUCAACCUGGUCUUGGCAGGCAUGGUUUUUUCGGUGGGUUCAUUACCAGUCUUGGUAGAAAGUGCUUCUACAGAACCACCCAUAACAGACAUGUUACCUCUAGGCAAUCAAACGUACAACUGAUAAUGAUAGACACAAUUCCAUUCUAUUUAUAGCCUGAGGUGAGGUCUAAGGUAUAAGAGAAAGGGGUGUGCUAUUCUAUCUAUCAUUUAUCACAAAUCAUCAUGUGGAUAGGAGGGCAUGACGAUUGGACUCCCGCAGAGCAGCGUGAAUGGGAUAGAGAUCUAGAGGAAAUGAAAGCUGAACGUGAGCAGAGAGAACGUGAGGCUAAGAACGAGGAUAAACUCUCCUGGAUAGAAUUGGCUCUGGAUUAUCCAAAGUUUAAAGCCACUUAUACCAAAAUUGGAGACAGAUUUGUAUGUGGUAGAUCUAAAGCGACAGACACCUGGCAAACAAGGGGACCGCAACUUAGUGUUUGAAGUCGUCUACCCAUUGUAUCAAGGCCUGAAUGCCAUCCUUGAGCAGAGAAAAACACCCAAGACCUCUCUCGUCAAAAUAGAGACCUCCUCCAGGAGACACAGCAAAGUGAGCUAUACGUGUGAAUGUACCCCAGAUCAGUGGUCUUAUAACACUAUGGACAAAAUCUCAGAAGCCUUGGCUGACCAGCUAACAGCGACACAAAACUUGGAUCAAGGACUGCUAAUGAACCUGUCAUUCUAUGAGGAGUGAACAGAUUGUAGUAAAACUCUGCAAGUUAAUUUCGUAACAUGUUGAAAAAGUCUGCAAGUUAAUUUCGUAACGUGUUGAAAAAGCCUGCAACUUAAUUUUGUAACGUGCGGAAAACGUCUGCAAAUAAAAUUGGAAUGAAAUGUGUAUUACAGUUGUUUAGUUCUAAGCAAUCUGCACUGGAGUCUAUGAAUUUUCAUCGACCACAGGCACCCCACAGACACUCCACAGGCACCCUAUAGGCACCCCACAGGCACCCUACAGGCACCCUCAGGCACCUCACAGGCACCCUACAUUCAACUGAAUGAAUCGAAAACGUAUAAAUAGGAUGAGACUUUGUGGAAAAGCGACUAGCUGUGAUAAGACGCCGAAGAGUCAACAUGCCUUAUUGAAACAGACGAAAUUGUCCAAUCUGUUGUAAGAGUGGUCUACUGUCUUUAAGUCACCGCCUAGCCCAAGUCCAUCAGUUAUCCAGUGAAGAACGAAAACCGUGGCUAAAAUCUGCGAUCUUUUCCUCAGCAAAAUCCACUGGAUUACCUUACAUGGCUCCUUACCCCUUUUGGGGAAUGCCACCACCUCCUUGGAGCCACACCCCUCAACCAUUAAAACUCGUUAGACAAGCUCUAAAGACUGAACCGAAAUUGAUUUUUUCUCUCGUUUUUAAGUCGGAUUUCAUCGGAUUUCGUCGUCUUACUUCGUUGUGCAUUAAUUAGAAUGCUUAGAAGAAAGAAAAGAAAUGUACAGGCAGGAGUCGAACUUGCGACUUUCGAAUCUUACUUAGCUGCACACGAUCUCACCUAGACUAGGGCGGCUCACAUGACAAUGAAGUUAGAAAUUUAAGUAUUAAAGGCUACCGGUUGACGUCAUCAAUCAUUUCGUAAUGCUUAGAAGGAGCAGUCACGUAGCAUUUACGAUGGAAAUAAUUCAGCAAAUAGAUUGUGUGGAGUUUAACGAAUGAAUUUCACUUUACCAGUUUUUUACAACUGCUAUUUACCACUCGGUUCGCCAUCGCAUCGUUGUGUUGUACGGUUUGAGGUUCUAUUUAAAAUCACUGAGUUUCACGCACGGGUAAUCUGUUAAUUAUUCGGGUUUAUAAGCCUAAAGUUGAAUACUAAUCAGUUCUACGGCUAAACUCCAGAAAAAUAUACUGUAGUGAUCUCUGUGAGUAGAUUUCCACAAACGAGAGAGCCAACACGGUUUCCUUCAAACCUGCAUUGUAUGGAUCGAUGGUUUAUUAAAGUGUUUACGGGACCAUUCGCUUUUCGCUUUGAUGGAAUAAUCUGUGCUACGGUUUCAUUGUAAUUACUUUCAAUGUUGUUCAAGUGGAAUAAAAGCUAGCUGUCUGUAGUAUCGAAAAUACUCUAUCAUGCCGUUGAACUUAGAAUCGCAAUAUUCAAACCAAAAAAAGAACGCAUUGCAAGGUUUUGAUCCUCGGUCCUUUGGGUUAUGAGCCCAAUGCGAUAACCACUUCGCCACAGUUCCAUUAGUGAAAACUAGAGUGAAAAGUUAACUUAAAAACCUGUGACGAAAAGUCUUGAAGGGGUAGCGAAAUAAACCUACGCUAUAAAAAUGAAAUCUGUGAGUUUAGAAUACAGAUCGACGGCUAAUUCUGAAAGUUGUCUCGGUCUAGGCAACGUGUGUAGUAUAGAAGUUAGUUCCAAAGACUUUAAAAUACCGGCCUUUAGACUGCUAAUAAAUCCUUAUGUGUUUAAAUCGUAAAGACUAUAGCGUACUAGAAAACGUAGGUGUUUUUGAAAAUCUUUUUAUUACACAAGUCAUUGACAGUUACUUUUCUAACCUACGGAUUGUAGUACAGCUUCAGUGAAAAAGUUACUUUUCAAAGCUAUAAAACGUUUCUCUGUCUAAUGUGACAGGCAAAAAAUGCGAAUGUCUUUUUUAUUCAUAAACAAUCUUUGGCCCAAAGCUAGAUCCUCUAGCACAGACAUGUCGUCUAGCCCUGGUGUUUAGCUGGUUUGCAUUAAAAGUAAACUGUUCCUCAUCAGAGCUAGACUGUUCUUCAUCAGAGCUAAACGGGACCUCCUCACAGUUAAUCGGGUUCUCCUUGAAAUUUUCUCUUGUCAGUGAUACAACGGACGUAGGUUUAUUGAUGGUCUGUUUCCCUGUCUUCUUUUGAGGUUGUUUUCGCCGUUUGCUCUCGACGUUUUGUUUCACAGGAUUCCCCUUGAUUGUCCCUGAUUUUUUCUGCUUCUGUUCAGAUUGUUUUCGGUGUUUGUCUUUCACUAACGGUGGAUCUAUGGGACGUUUUCGAGAUACCAGUUCAGGUUUAUCUGCCUCCGAUACUGUUUUAGUACAAGUGGUUAUGUUAGGACAACAGUGGCAGUUUUCAAACACCUCGGCCACAACUUGUUUCUCUGUUGGAGUCUUGGGUUGAUUCUCCACCAAAAGAUACCCAUAAGGCUUUUCGGCUUCUUUCGCAUAGACUUUCAUAAAGUUUGACCUGUCUUUCGCAAAAAUCCGCUCCGCCACCAUGUCGAUUUGCUUACGAUCACUGGGACUACGAAAGAGGACCAUAUACUGAGCAUUCCUGCUGAUAUCAGUGUUGAACUUUCCUUUGGGAAACAUAUUUUGCAGCAAUAAUAUCACACUAGCAUUGCGAUGACGGCCUUGUGUAAACAGUGUUGAUAACACGAGACUGUCAGUUGCCUUGCUCAUUAGAUUAUCAAACACCAACACAUUGUGAAACUUUGGAUUGAUUUCUCUUAGAUCUUCACUCAGUGCAGGUAAGCCUUGGGUAAACACAAUCUCAUCACUAAGUGUAGAUUGCAAGGACGCAUACCGUGGUUGCCAUUGAUUGUAAAACCAGAAAAUACGUCUCUGUUUCUUACUGGGGUACUUGAUACAAUUCUUCUUUAACAGUUGCUCCACGAAAGACGUUUUUCCACACUGACUUGGCCCCACCACGAGCAUCGAAAACAUGUGGUUAAACUUAAAGUCUGGGUAAGGGCUCGUCUCUAAACAGUUAGCUGUUUCUAGCUUGGUUACUUUUCGCUGUUUCGGUUUAGUCUUAGUCUCAGUAGACCACUCUUACAACAGAUUGGACAAUUUCGUCUGUUUCGAUAAGGCAUGUUGACUCUUCGGCGUCUUAUCACAGCUAGUCGCUUUUCCACAAAGUCUCAUCCUAUUUAUACGUUUUCGAUUCAUUCAGUUGAAUGUAGGGUGCCUGUGAGGUGCCUGAGGGUGCCUGUAGGGUGCCUGUAGGGUGCCUGUGGGGUGCCUAUAGGGUGCCUGUGGAGUGUCUGUGGGGUGCCUGUGGUCGAUGAAAAUUCAUAGACUCCAGUGCAGAUUGCUUAGAACUAAACAACUGUAAUACACAUUUCAUUCCAAUUUUAUUUGCAGACGUUUUCCGCACGUUACAAAAUUAAGUUGCAGGCUUUUUCAACACGUUACGAAAUUAACUUGCAGACUUUUUCAACAUGUUACGAAAUUAACUUGCAGAGUUUUACUACAAUCUGUUCACUCCUCAUAGAAUGACAGGUUCAUUAGCAGUCCUUGAUCCAAGUUUUGUGUCGCUGUUAGCUGGUCAGCCAAGGCUUCUGAGAUUUUGUCCAUAGUGUUAUAAGACCACUGAUCUGGGGUACAUUCACACGUAUAGCUCACUUUGCUGUGUCUCCUUGAGGAGGUCUCUAUUUUGACGAGAGAGGUCUUGGGUGUUUUUCUCUGCUCAAGGAUGGCAUUCAGGCCUUGAUACAAUGGGUAGACGACUUCAAACACUAAGUUGCGGUCCCCUUGUUUGCCAGGUGUCUGUCGCUUUAGAUCUACCACAUACAAAUCUGUCUCCAAUUUUGGUAUAAGUGGCUUUAAACUUUGGAUAAUCCAGAGCCAAUUCUAUCCAGGAGAGUUUAUCCUCGUUCUUAGCCUCACGUUCUCUCUGCUCACGUUCAGCUUUCAUUUCCUCUAGAUCUCUAUCCCAUUCACGCUGCUCUGCGGGAGUCCAAUCGUCAUGCCCUCCUAUCCACAUGAUGAUUUGUGAUAAAUGAUAGAUAGAAUAGCACACCCCUUUCUCUUAUACCUUAGACCUCACCUCAGGCUAUAAAUAGAAUGGAAUUGUGUCUAUCAUUAUCAGUUGUACGUUUGAUUGCCUAGAGGUAACAUGUCUGUUAUGGGUGGUUCUGUAGAAGCACUUUCUACCAAGACUGGUAAUGAACCCACCGAAAAAACCAUGCCUGCCAAGACCAGGUUGAAGGGUUAUCGACAAAAACUGAUGACGAUCAAAGCUAGAAUCAAGUAUCGAGAGCAUACCCUCAAAGGGUUCAAAAAACAUCUCAAGAAUGGUACGUUUCCGCAAAGAAUGAAAUCUAUAAAACCAUACCCAAAAAUGAGUUCCCCCGAAGCUCAAGCUAUCGUCAAUGCAGCCUGUGAUCAAGUGCAAAGUGUCAUUUUGGAUCAAAUGAUUCAAGAAGAAGAGAAGAAACUCUCUCAAGAUCAAGACAGUUAUCAAACUAUGAGGAAGCAACGGGAAGGUGAUCGUCAGCGGCUCAAGGCCCGUAAAAAACCCAAGAAACCUACUGUGGCUCAACUCCAGCAAGAGCUCGCAGACUUGCAGUCAAAAUAUACCCAACUUUGUAGUAAAUUAGAAAACGGUCAGUGAAUAAAACACAGUCAGUUGAAAUGUAUAAACAAUGUGUGAUUUAUUUACCUUAUAUAGCAAAUGACGUACCUAGUGAAAUUGCAAUGCUGUGAAAGUAAGCUACCCUUGUUUAUACUUGGCCUUCAGCUUCAGAGAAUAUGUUUUACCUAUAAUCAAAGUCUCCGCUUCAGGGUAGACAACCACUACUUCCCAUUCGCUCUCUGGGUUUCGUGUUACUUGUGGGUGUAAAUGUUCCACUGCGUGCAGGCGCUGUACUAACGUAAUGUUUGUGCGAACUGCGAAUCGCUGUAAUCCCCCUCUCAUCUUGCCCCUUGUAUGUCCCUUACACUGUGUUUUCUAAAAUAUGCUUGAAAUAACCAAUCACAGCUGCUGCUUUGGGAUCCACGUUUAUUACACAAUCUGAGCCCACGAAGGUGCGAUUCCCGUUCCAUUUGUUUUCUACAAAGAAGUAAGAUUCUAUAUGUGUUUGACCACAAAGGCAGACGUUAUGUUCGCCGUGUUCAGUGGGUCUGGAUUCCGCAAAUUGCCACUCGUUCUUGAAGUUCUUCUCUUCACUUAAAUGUUGCAAAUGAAGAUACAAAUUUACCUCUCGCUCUCUACAAAUACGUCCAUGCACAUGACGAAUGUGAUCUUGUCUUGCAGUUUGUCUUGUAAACGUGGCAUUGCAGUACCAGCAGUCAAAGCAAGGUUUUUCAUCAGCAUGAGCGGUCUUUAUGUGUAGGGUUGAGCAGUUGUCAAUACCUUAUCACAAAUCAUACUUGGAAAACGCAAUGGGUUGUUCGAAUGUUGCUGUCUUACAUGUCGUAACAUAACGUGUUUGUAUCCAAAAGUUAAGUAACACUCUGGGCAUUUCACUCGAUUUUCUGUUGUACCGCAUCUCUUUUUAUGUUGAAAGAAAUGGCCUUUGCUAAAACUCUUCCUACAAGUAGGACAAGGUCUAGGAUACCUUAUCUUUUGCAUCGUCGUUAUUAGCACAAAGACGUAGUGAGUUGAAAAGGGAAAACUGCCUAGCACUUAUACUCAAAAGUGAUCCCCAGAGAUUUUCUGUAUGCUUGGGUCAUGUAUUGUUUGUUACCAUCACGUUCACUGGGCAGGUCUGGACAAGUCUUUUGUAUUUACACCCAAUGACGUCAACGGCUUUUGUUGUCAUGGAUUAAUCGAAUGACGUCAAUCUAUUGUUGUGUCCGUUAAUUACAUGAUGACAUCAUUCGCUAUUGUUCUCGUGGAUCAGUAUGAUAACUAAUUUAAAUUCCAUACACGGUGCUUGUAAUUGUCAUCAACCAGCUAUAACUUAACCAAUCAAAGAGGGCUAACAUGAUGCGUGCUAAGUUACACGUCCAAGGAAAGAAUGCAAAGUGGGAAUAUUUGUCAACACCCCAAGACAUCUUGUUAAAGGCAGCGGUAACGGUUCGACUGCUUGCAAUGAAAUAUAACACUGUGAUUACAUAGGGUACCCAUGACGUGUAAUCCAACGUUGAAGUGCUUGUAAUAAAGCAUCGCUCAUAGACAUCAACAAACUUUCAUGCAAAGCAGGGACACAUAAUUGUUGAAUACACAAAUCCAAUUGAAUUUCCACCACCGAAUCGUUACCACACGAUCCGCUAAUUCUGUUAACUCCACAGAAAUCACUGGGUUGUAAAGGUCAUAGCAAUGAAAACUAGUCAGACGUUUGUCUUGCCAGUAUGAAAAUUGUCCCAAAUCUUGCAUAGAUACUGUCUGCAUUGUGACUGCUGUUUAACACGUUCGCUAAAAUCAUUCUACUUACUAUGCCUGAAAAACGCUCAGUCAGCAAGUCCCCUCUCUCGCUAGGAUCCAGACCCACCCAAUCUCUGUUAGAGUGGGAGGGGAGGGGUUAGGGGAAGAGAGUGUUUGUAGGGCAAGGGAGUGGGGUUAGCGCAAUCUAGCUUUGUUUAAGAGAUAAGUAGUCAGGUAGAUCAAUCACACAGAAGUAAUCCUUACACACGUUUAUUGCAUCAAUAACCUAGCGUACAAAUCUCUAGGCAAAAAUGCUAACUUAAAAAGCCUUAGGAGGCCUAGUUCAAGUGUGUUGGCCUAUCCAAUCAUAACCAUAAGGUUUGCUGCUACAAUCCUUUGUUUGAAUCACCCGCUUUUCAAAGACAAGGCGAUAAUUCUUGACUUUAGGGGUUAGACAGAUUUUCUUGGUGGUCCUAUUGGUGUCCAUAUUCACGCUUACAGGUACUGCAAUAGGCUGUGGUGCAUUCCCAGGGUUUUUGAUCGCAGCUAAAAUGUGACUUUCCAUGGAAUCAAAAUUCAACAGAGCCCUGCCCUGCUCAUCCUGAAUAAAACGGCGUAUUUUGGAUUCUGUUUCACCAUUUUGUAGCAUGUAAGUGUAAUUUUUUGGACCCCCUGUCGCAAACUCCUGUAUGGGUACGCCAGCGGUUUCGUGUUUCAUCUGACCCAAAAACGGACCCGUCUCCACUUCAGGUAAACCGUUAUGCCAAAGAUAAAUGAUGCUGUCUGUAUCAAAAUAUAGAACUUGAUCCUUCAACUGUUCCAAAUACUUGUACAACUCUAAGCGGGCCCAUGACGUGGUGAAACUCGCGAUAAAAAUGUUGGUUUUAUUGCUUGGAAUGACCCCUUCUACAGCUUUACUGACAUCAAUUUCUACUAUAUCAUCAGUGCAUAUUCGUAUGUCGUGAAUGUUGUUACCAGCAUCUUCUAUUAUUGCAUAUAGCUCUGCAGGACUUGUGACGGUAAAGGUUUGAGUCUUGUUGGGUUUCUCGCCGAAUUUGCCCCAGAAGCUGAAAAUACAAAGAGGCAAACAAAUCAAACAAUGAUUCUUUGAAGAUCUUUGUCCUAUCUUUACAUUCUAAUUCUAAUUACCUGUUGAGCAUAAGUUUGGCCACUUGUUUCCGUCCCCCAUUUUUGGCCACUUUUGCAGGCUCUAGCUGAACCCCUUCACGCUCAUAGUAAGCAUUGAUGUACUCUGACUUUGCUGCCUCUGUGGUACAAUUCUUGGGCCAACCCGAUGCUUCAGUUUUAUUUUUGAGCCAUUUAUUUACAUACUCUGCAAACAAGCCCUCUUUGCGCUGAUUUUCAGAAAAAUGCCACACCUCGUGAAUUUUUAGGACCUUGUAACCAAGGUCCACAGCUUUCUGCAACUCGGGUGUGCACCAAGUGCCCGUUAUACAGCGUUCCUCCGCAGUGUGGGUGCAAACCGCUGUACGAGUCAACCAUUGUUUUUCCAAUUCUUCCUUUACACAUUGUGUACAUAGAGGAAACAUGAGUUUGCCACCAAUGUGGACGGGGAGUACUGGAUGAUACAAAUGGGGUGGUGGGAGAAUCUUGACUUUUGCUAUGCCAAAGUAACUGCCAAUAUCUUGAUUUGUUGGAUUGACCAAAAUCUCGGGGUGACCCACUUGAUACGUUUUUGUUUUGUUGACGUACGGGUAAAGCAAAUUGAUGUCUACAUAGCGAAUUUCUUCUCCUGCUGCUGCAACACAAUGUAAACGCACUCCAUUGGUUCUACCACCAAAGAAGCUAUCUCUAGGGUUCAAUGGCUCAGACAGCUGAAAGGUCUUCAAAAAUUCCAUGAGAGUGGGGUUUGUCUUCUUCUCAAUCUCAAAAUCAUGCUCCCAUUUCUCAAUCACCGUAUAGCCUGCUUGACGUAACUUCUGUGUCUUUUUACAGGUGGCUUCAUAGAUUUCUGAGAUGGUACGAUCUGGGGACAAUAGACCAUUCCCGCAUUCGUCACAAGCACGCGCGCGAAAACAUGAAAGUGAGGCUCGGGUGGACAAACAUCAAACAUGGCGGACAACACCUUCACUUCUUCGCGCGGUGGCCGUAGCAAAUAUUGUUGUGUCCCUGGUUGCAAAAGUUCCUUUUAUAACAAUCAGGGGGAAAAAACUAAUAUUUCAUUUUUUUCUUUUCCUCUGGAGGCAAAAAGUAGGAAUCGGUGGCUUUUGGCAAUUAAAAGACAAGAAAACAGAGACGGAUUUGUUGUGACGGAAUACACUAAAGUGUGUGAGCAACAUUUUCGCCCUGAGGAAAUUAAAAAACAGUUCAGUGGCAGGAAAGAUCUGAAAGACAAGACUACUAUUCCUUCCAUUUUCAGCUGGAAUAAAAGUGCGAGCACACCUAAUCGAAAAUUACCAAAAAGAGAUGUUCUGAGCAAAAUGAAGAAAAUAUUCAGCCUGAAUCAGAACCAUGUUAUUUAAGCUCUAGGUUGCUUAAUGAAGACAAUGCAAGACCGACAGAGGCCUGUGAAAAUUGCGCUUAUUUGAGAAGAGUCGUGGAAAAGUUGGAGGUUAAAUUGUCACUUUUGAUUAAACAAAAAAGUGACGUUGAAAAAGAUUGGAGUGAGCUGAAAGCCAAAAUACAAAAACUGGAAAAAGGACAGUUUACAUCCAAGAACAUCAGAGAACAAGAAGACGUUUUCAAGUCAUUCACUGGUUUUCAUCCAGUUAAGUUUGACAUUCUUUUUCAAUUUUUAAAUCCUGGUGAGAAUGCUAGUAAUUUGAAAUACUAUGAGCCUUCAAAGAAUGGGUCAGAUGAACCUGAUGAAUGUAAAUUUACUGAAGGAAGUAAGCCUGGUGUGAGCCCUAAAUUGGAUGUGAUUGAACAAUUGUUUAUGUUUUUGGUGUGGUUAAGGUGUGGAUUUGGACAGAAACAUCUGGUGUGGUUAUUUGGACUUGGCAAAUCAACCAUUUCCCGGUACUUGAUCACCUGGUCAAAUUACCUGUACUUCUGUUUGGGAAAUAUUCCCAUAUGGCCUUCUAAAGAUCAGAUUGUUUCAUCCAUGCCAAUAUGUUUUAAGGACACUUAUCCCUCAACAAGAUGUAUCAUUGACUGUACAGAAAUCUUUGUACAAGUGCCUUCUAGCCUAACUACACAGAGUGCCCUUUACUCACACUAUAAGCACCAUGUAACAUACAAAGCUUUAGUGGGCAUCAGUCCUUCUGGAGCUAUAACUUUUGUGAGUCAGUUGUACCCUGGAUCGCUGUCAGAUAAGGAAAUAGUUUCCAGGUGUGGUAUACUACACCCAGAACUUUGGGAGAAAGGGGAUUCAAUUAUGGCAGACAGAGGAUUUACCAUCCAGGAAUUACUUGACCCUCUAGGAGUUAAGUUAAACAUACCUGCAUUUCUUGAUGGCAAAGAGCAGCUUGACAAAGAAGAUGUUGUAUUUAGUCAAACAAUCGCCUCUGUUAGAAUCCAUGUAGAACGUAUUAUUGCUCGCAUUAAGAAAUUUAAAGUCUUAAAGACUGAAAUUCCACUAAAUAUGAAUGGGACCAUAAACCAAAUAUGGACAGUGGCUUGUCUUCUAUGUAACUUUAUGGACCCGCUUAUUAAGCAAUAAUAAUGUUAUGGUUUUAUCAUCAUUUCCUUCAAAGUGCCCAAUGAUUUACAAGGAUCAAGUUGGUUUAUGAAUAAAUACCGAAGCUGAAUUUUCGCUUUUUCAAGACUAACUAACAUUUCUUUUGUCAAUGAAAACACUUUCCCUUUUAGAAUAAUUGAUAUUUUGCAAUAAUUGAAUUUCCACGAUUUUCAAACAGUACCUUUCUUGAGAUUAUUGCGCAAAUCAUUGCUCUCAUAGAAAUUGAACAGAAAUUGUUAAGUAAUUGCUGAACAUGUAAUACUUUUAAUAUUCUUGUCAUGGAAGUCAUCUUUUUUUUUAAGAAUUCUAUGAAAUACUCCUUCUCGUAUAUUGUCAAUGAAAUACAGUAAAAAUAUGCAUACAAGAACCUAGAUUUUUCCAACUUAGCCUAAAUAGGUUCUUAUAGAAAUGGUAUUUAGUGGGAUUCUGGGCUACUUAGGUUCUUAAACAGGCUCUUAAUUUUGAUAGAGGUACUAGUGAUCAGCACAGAUAACUACUCUCAGGCAUAUGAGAGAGAUCUGUAUUCUUAAUAAUAAUAUUGCAUUGUGUAAUCCAGUAUUGGCAAAGACAUGAUAUGGUUUUCAUUUUAGUUCAUUGUUUGAAUCUUACUGACUGAAACCUACACUAAAAGUUUUUCUCCGUAUUUUCAUCUGUUUCAUUUUUGUAAAAUAUUAACCUAUUGAAAAUUUUAGGCUAAAUAGGUUAUUAUGAAAAGGGGGUUUAAAAUAAACAUUUUAGCCUAACAGGUUCUUAAAUUUUAGGUUCUUAUACGUGGGUUUUUACUGUACUGUAAUAACAUUGCAACGAGCAAAGUAACCUUAUCCUUGAAGCCCUAACACCCAUCAACAGGAGUCUAAAAGCUAGAUACUAUGGAAAACUGGUACACGUUGUAAUGUCACCGUUUGCUCAGGCACAAUGCUCAAUAUACUAAACUGCAUUUAGGCCAUGACCUGAGGAAGAAACCACUUUACAUAGAAGAUGUUUACUUUACAUACUACUUGGUCAAAAUAAUCUUUAUUAAAUGGAACCCUUGUGAUGAUCAUCCCUUUAAAUAGAUAGACUACAAAGUCAACCCACUCUAAACCACAGAAACCCAUAACUAGCUGGACUUGGGUGUAAUAUCCUAGGUGAUGAUCUUUCUUCAGGUUGGGUUUACCAUCAACUAAUUCAAUGUAAAACGAUUCAUCUUGCAUUGCCUCCUCUGGGGUGUGGUUCUUCUUUCCCUCUGGACAUUUCAUUUCAAUUGUCCCUAUCUUCCCAGAUGAGGAACAUGGAUCAAUAACAAGACCAUCAGGACUGCCUUCAAGCCAAAACAUGCAAGGGGAAUCACCAUUCCUGUCUCUCUCAAGGUAAUUGGCCUCUUCAAAUAGUGCUUCAUGACAUCAUAAUAUUUUUUCUCUUGCAACUGGCUCAAAUUUUAUGCCAUGCUUUAGCUUUCUCUGCUGAAUUGCUGGAAUUUCAUCUAGAGGCUUAAAUGGCUGGUUAAGUUCCUUGGCAAGAUUAUUGAAACUUCGUUUCCUUACAUAUAUUCUGUGACACACAGAUGAUCCAAGUCUAUUUUUGCGGUGUUUUAUCCACUCAUCACAUUCCCUUUGCUUAACAGUCCUUUUCUCAAUAUCAAUACUUUCUUGGUGAGUUACUCUUAAGUGUUCAAUGAAUGUUUGUUGCACAGUACUGAAAUGAACAGCUUCAGGUAAAUCUGGGAAAUGGAAUGGCAAGCUUACUUUGUAAAUGUCACUUGAAUCUGCUUGAGCAGGGUUAACUGCCGGUUCCAGGUUAGUGACAACAGUGAAAUUGAACUCCAAAGAACUUAAAUGAAAAGAGAGGGGAGAUCCAAUGACCACUGGUCCAUACCUGGUGUCUAUAUUAGUCAGCAAUUCAGGCUUUUUUGGGAUGACAUGGGAAAAACCAAUAAGAGGAUGAAUUGAUUCCAAUUCCUUUUGCAUUACUUGAACUCCACGGAUGUCUAAUCUUUUUCUUUCCUUGACUCUUGGAUCAUACAGAGUUGGUUUUAUUCCCUUGUUCGUUAACUCCUUUUGAACUGAUGUCUUCAUUAUGGGUUCUUUAGGUAGACCUUUCUCACCUUAGAACAAGAACAGAAAAAAGUUUGAUCACUAUGUGAAUAAUGCUUAAGUCACUUCAAAACUUUCAGACACAUCAUACAUUUUUAUCAAGACGUGCUUCAGCAUGACCUAUGCUAUUAUCAGUUUAAUUCUUCUGCUAGCAGACGAAAACCGAACAUGUUAACUACUUGCGUGAGCUGCCCAAAAGUACAGGUAGGUAUUUACAGCUAAUUGAAAUCAAUUUAUACUUUACCUGGAAUACCCCAUUUCCUUGACAUACUUGUACAUGCUGCUUCCUCGGGUAUCCUGUCAAAGUCUUCCAAAGAGUAACGAGCGAGUUCAAGUAGAAGACUCAUCACAUGAUUACAGUAUCCACUUUUGCCAGCUCUGCAAGUACAGUGUGCUUCCCGUACAUUCCCAGAUGUUAUAUCGAGUGAAACUUCUAGUUCGUGAAUUUCUCGAGUACUCAUGCUGGCACGACACUUUGCUUUUACCAUAAACGAGUUACCAAAUACCUUCGUAUACACUGUGUCUGAUGAAAGAUACCGUUCUUCUUGAAAUUUUAAGCCGCGCUUCAGGGUUUUUUUAAUAGGCUUCGAAACGUCGUCAGCCUUUCGUUUGCCACUAUUGUUCCGGUGUUCAUCUAUCUCUUUCCUUGUAAACACUGGCAAGCUUUUAAGAGACUUACACCACGGGAUAUCUUUCGCAGUUUGCGCCUAGGCUUCUCGGUGUUGUCCGCCAUGUUUGAUGUUUGUCCACCCGAGCCUCACUUUCAUGUUUUCGCGCGCGUGCUUGUGACGAAUGCGGGAAUGGUCUAUUGUGUUUCCUGUAGCGAUGGUUUGGGAAACAUUUAACACACCCAUGAUAAGAGCAACCAUGAAAUUCAUAGACCGUUUUGGUAGUUUCGUCAUAGCCAUCGACAAACAGAGCCUCGCCUUGUGUGAUCAUCUUUUGCUCUCCCCCGUUGCGGACAUGGCCUAGUCUAUUUCCUCCUAGUUUAAAAUCUUCAAAACAUAACCAUUCUAGUGCUGCUGUACUUUGGUUCACAUUAGCACCACACCAGCCAUUCAAUGGUUCUAUGGCAAUGGUAUCCUCGGGGAUAAGAUCUCUUCGCCAGAAUAAAUUGAAUGCAGAAGCAAUGGUGGCACAUUUUUCUAUAGGAUUAAACCCUGCUUCCUCUUUAAAUUCUUGUAUAAACUUUAGACAGGCAGCUUUCAAUACCAUUACAUCAGAAUGGCAGUACUUGUUUAACUCCUCCCAGAGAACAUAUUCUUCAUUUCUUGCCAAUUCAGUCGCGUACCAAGUGUCAAACUCCUUUCGUUUCUUUUGCUUCAUUGCUUGUGGCUGAAAAUAGUGUCUUUCCGGUAGACGACCCCUGUAAGUUAAACUCUCUCUUGUAUGGAGCGCAUGUGGAAAGAAACCUUUAUGAAGCUCGACGAAAUUGAAUGUUUCAGGCAACUCGGCCAGUGGCAUUGGGAGAAAACAAAGUGAAUCUUUGAAGGUAAUCAUGGCGUCCAGAUACCAGUAAUGAAACUUCAGGGUUUUGGCGCCCGUCGUCAGCUGGUUUUCCACCUUAAUACCCUGACGGUAAAGUUCCUCGAUGAUAAAGUUGCUAUCAAAACCCUUGAGGUUGUGAAAAACUAUAAAUAAAUCGCGCUGUUUGUCUUCCACUUCUGUUAGUUGAUUCAUUGCGUCAAUAAACUUUUGAAUGCAGGUUUCGCCACUAAAGGCAUGAGAAACAUUGUGUGGAUGUUCUUCAGUAGGAUAUCGAACCAAAUCUGCUAUGAAUAACUGCUUUCCCUGCUCUGUGGGUUCUAUCAAACAGUCGAUGUCAGCAAACACCAUGAGAGGUGGUAGCUUCUUUUCCUCGUCAUCAUCAUCAUCAUCAUCAUCGUGUUCCUCAUCAUCUACCUCUUUAACACGCUGGAUGUAACAUUUGUGAUUGUAUAUUUCAACAAAUUCAUGGCAGUAACGGCAAGUGUCAUGGUAGCAUUUGUGUGGCUUCUUUGGAUUGACUUUAUAACCUUUACAGCAUUUUAAACACUUUUUUAGCUUCUGACAAAGACUCACUGUUUUCUUGCCUUUUGUUUCUUUAUGAGCCUUGAAACAGUCUGGACCAUAGAAAUCCCGCUGGCAGUCUUUACAGUGAAUGGUUCUCUUUUUUCCUGGGGAAAAAUCGGGGCAGCCACCAUUAUUUUUCUGAGAACGUGUGCGCUGACAACUACAGCAAUUACGACCACUACAAGAAUGGCUUGCUGUGUCAUGUGUGUUGAACCCUUUACAGCAAUCAGGGCAGAAGUAGGAUCGAUUCAGAAAGGCGGCCAUGCUUCGUAAGCCAUUGUAAUGAUUGUCGUGUUUAAGCAAAUAAAUGACUUUGCUAUACUGAUCCACAUUGCCUUGAAAAAUACAGGCACAAGAGACGUAAUCUACCACGAUGAUUUUGUAGCCUUGGGGUCCUAGAAACGCUUGAAAUUUUUCUAGUUCGUCAUAGCCACAGGGUCCCUCAGGUACAAUUGCAUCUUGGUGAAGCUGCUUGGCUAGGCGUUCUUGAAUGGGUCUGCCAUCACGUAGAUUUCUAUAUUGUUUGUCUGGGUCUCCAUCCACGUACUCUUUCAUCGUUACGAGGGCACGGGCACAACAUAAAUCAUCUGUGUUUUUGAUCUUGAUCAUACAAUUUUUCUUUUUGUGCAUCAAAUCAAAUGGCAAUCUGUUUGGAUUUUUAGAAGCUGAACCUUUACCACCUUUUUCAGGGUAGGUAAUAAACGUGAGAGUUGCAUUGAACCCAAUCGCUGGAUUCAUAUUUUGAGCACUGUUCAUUUUACGGGCGAGUGACUCAAACAUACACAGCAUGAAAAUGGAGAUUUACGCAAAAUUAAAGUUUGCGUAAACCUGCGUAAAGUUGGUCAUCCAACUUUACGCAAACUUUCCACGACGCGUAAAGGUUUGUAAAGGUAAAUUUACGCGCUCGGCUCUUAAAGGUUUCGUAAAGCUAGCAUAAAGUUGUUGUAACAGCUUUACGCUCAUUUACGCUACAAGUAAAGGUUUAGUAAGGUUGUCAUAUAAUGCUAGCUUAAUUCCUAACAGCAAUUUAUUCCCGGCACUGUUUUUAGUAAGUCGUUUGUGUCCUGAUACUAGUUCGCAUAGUUUUUUUGAUCACUCAUUUGGUGUUCGAUGUUGGUGUGCGAUGUAAACAAGCCAACCACGCAAAUAUUUUAUGGUGCGAACGACUUCGCGUACACGCUUAAAAGUGACGCUGAAAAGAAAAUUCUGCUGGCAGAGUUCAUGCAAAGAUAUAGCUUGCGACUGUGCGGCAAUUUUCGAAAAACGGCAUAUCUGUCGCGGCAAACACAACAGCCUUCAAGACUCAGUAGUAUUCCCUCAUUGAUUCCAGUCAGUAUAAGGUGUUUCUUCCUUAACGGUCACCUCUCUACACGGGCCAUUUUUGUUUUGUUGUUUUUUUUUUCGGCGGACGGUCCAUACAUGACAUACAUUUACUCUUCUUUCAACCUCUCUACUAUGGCCACUUUCUUCGAUGUCCCUAAGGUGGCCGUUGUAGAGAGUUUCAACUGUAAUUUGAUCAAAUUGAAAUAAAAGAAAAAAUAUCGCCUCGCAAAAACGGCGAGUCUUACUUAAAGAAAGAACGCAUUACUUAAAGAGAAAGAACGCAUUCACAAAUUACUGUGUCCAUUUUACAUUCAACGGAGUGCUGGCUUCAUCGUUGAACCUCCUUUAUCGCUUCCUUAUUUUAAGUCCGCGGACUUCAGGUUUGGGAACGGACAAUUUGUUAAAAGAAAGGGGCCUGGGGCCCGUUUCUCGAAAGUCCCGAUAAUUAACGGGCCCGGUAAGCUGUUGCCGUUUACAUUAAAGAUCGAGGUUUCAGUACUUUUGCAUCUAACAUGAUAAGACUAUCAGUUAAUGAAACAAAAUGGAGUAGUUUGCUAGCCUGGACCCGCGCUCUUAUUCUUUAUAUUUCGAUUUGAAUAUUUGAUUUCGGGCCCGAAAACUUACCGGGACUUUUGAGAAACGGGCCCCUGGAAACAAUAGAGUGAAGGGACACCAGGGGUGCUUACCAUUUGACGGAGAAUUUCGGAAAUUCCGGAUGGAAGGUAAAUGGUAAGGUCACUUUUCGGAAAUUCCAACCGAAAAUUGAGGAGUACGUAUUGAGGUAGUCCUUUCAUUCCGGUUGGUACGAACCAAACGGAAUGUUGCUUACCAUUAACCAAUUUCUCAGUUCCUUCUCAGUUCCAGACUCACGCGACACAAAUUUACCCUUUUUUGGAUUCAAACCGUAACGGAUAUGGCAUUUCUACGGUAAACUGGCAAAUCGCUUACCAUUAUGCUUUCGACACCCCAACCGGAUUUUUCUGUCAAAUGGUAAGCACCCCUGGUCAGCGGGCUUGUUCCUUUGCACAUGCUCAAUCAGGUUCGUUGAUUUGGCGUCCAUUUUGAAAGUGUCCAACGGUUUCAAACUUGCUUCUUUGAAAGGUUGGAGAUCGUUCAUAUAAUAUGCUUCUUGAUAGCAUCACAGGACAUCUUAAGGUUGUUACAAUUUAUAAUGGCACUAUCAGCCUUUAGUAAUCGAUCACUUCUCAAGUGUGCAGCAACCCUUUCGGGACGAGAUACUCAGUCAGAAAUGGAGACAGAAACAUCGUGUGAAGCACAAGCAUUAACACUGGAAUGUUCACAUCACAGGGCAUGCACUACAUGGUAGCACACCAUAUAGUCGUGCAACAUAAAUUAAAUUAACAUUGUGCACAACGUUUUGUGAGCAAUAAACACUUCUCAAAACUACUUCUCUUCUGUACUUAUUAGUCCUUUAGUAUCCUAACUAGUCCUUUUCCGCACUUACUAGUCCAUUAAUAACCUUACUAAUCCUGUAUCAUCCUAACUUGUCCUUCUAUGUCCUAAUCAGUCCUUUUCCGUCCUUACUAGUCCUUUUCCGUCCUUACUAGUCCUUUUAUGUCCUUACUAGUCCUUUUCCGUCCUUACUAGUCCUUUUAUGUCCUUACUAGUCCUUUUCCGUCCUUACUAGCCGUUUUAUAUCCUCACUAUUCCUUUUCCGUCCUUACUAGUCCUUUUAUGUCCUUACUAAUCCUUUCCCGUCCUUACUAGUCCUUUAGUAUCCUUAUUAGUCCUUUUCCGUCCUUACUAGUCCUUCAGCAUCCUUACUAGUCCUUUAGUAUCCUUAUUAGUCCUUUUCCGUCCUUACUAGUCCUUUUCCGUCCUAACUAGUCCUUUUCCGUCCUUACUAGUCCUUUUAUAUCCUUACUAGUCCUUUUCCGUCCUUAGUAGUCCUUUUAUGUCCUUACUAGUCCUUUUCCGUCCUUACUAGUCCUUUUAUGUCCUUACUAGUCCUUUUCCGUCCUUACUAGCCGUUUUAUAUCCUCACUAUUCCUUUUCCGUCCUUACUAGUCCUUUUAUGUCCUUACUAAUCCUUUCCCGUCCUUACUAGUCCUUUAGUAUCCUUAUUAGUCCUUUUCCGUCCUAACUAGUCCUUUUCCGUCCUUACUAGUCCUUUUCCGUCCUUACUAGUCCUUUUAUGUCCGUACUAGUCCGUUAGCAUCCUUACUAGUCCUUUAGUAUCCUUAUUAGUCCUUUUCCGUCCUAACUAGUCCUUUUCCGUCCUUACUAGUCCUUUUAUGUCCGUACUAGUCCUUUUCCGUCCUUACUAGUCCUUUUCUGUCCUUAUUAGUCCUUUUCCGUGCUUACUAGUCCUUUUAUGUCCUUACUAGUCCUUUAGCAUCCUUACUAGUCCUUUAGUAUCCUUAUUAGUCCUUUCCCGUCCUUACUAGUCCUUUUCCGUCCUUAAUAGUCCUUUUACGUCCUUACUAGUCCUUUUCCGUCCUUACUAGUCCUUUUACGUCCUUAUUAGUCCUUUUCCGUCCUUACUAGUCCUUUAGCAUCCUUACUAGUCCUUUAGUAUCGUUACUAGUCCUUUUACGUCCUUACUAGUCCUUUUCCGUCCUUACUAGUCCUUUUCCGUCCUUAUUAGUCCUUUAGUGUCCUAACUAGUCCUUUUCCGUCCUAACAAGUCCUUUAAUGUCUUUACUAGUCCUUUUCCAUGCUUACUAGUCCUCUAGUGUCCUGACUAGUCCUUUAUUGUCCUUACUUGUCCUUUUAGUCGUCCUUUAUGUUUUCGAAAUCUUUGCAGAGCUCGAGGAUUUUCCCCACGCUUUUCCUAGCUUUUCUCUUUGCCUCGAACUCUAACUCUUGCUGAGCUAGCCUUUCUGUAAGGCUGCUCUCCCUUGCCCCUUUUACAAAGGGUAUAACCAAAAUCCUUGAAAACAUCCUACAAAAAGGUAAUGUUAAGUAAAUAGUGUUAGGAAUAACUUAAUGACAACUUUUUCAUAAAUUAAAGUACCCUCACUUCUUCCUCCGGGAUUCGAUCUUCUCCGAUCUUUUUUAUUUAUUUAUUUUUUUGAUGUUGUUAUCAACUCAUUGAGAUCCAGUGAACGGAAAUAUAAUGUAGUUACAGUCCGAUGUAAACAAGUCUCCCCCUUGAGUGUGCCCUUCAAAACCGUAUUCGUUACUGAAAUUGUACUGUUCAGCUUCUACUUUUUACCAUGAAAGAAAACGCCCUAUUGCGUAAAAACCUAUGAAAUACCAGUUGAGCUUUCGCGCGAAAACAUGAUAUCUUCACAUUCGAAAAUAAGAUGUUAUCUUCAAAAAUGAAUUACGCCUUUCACAACCAAAAACUAUUAAAGUCGCUCCGGCUCUAUUUAAAGUGCGAUAUCACGUUGUUGGAAUGCGAGACAUAUGCAAAACUUUCCUACCUUAAAGCACUCAUCUCAUUCAUCCUCUUCUUUUUUAACAGCUCUGGAUUCAUAGUCAUGGUUGGGAUGGUUCUCAACCGGACUUCCCGGUGCUGAGUUCGUCUACUCGACUAUUAUUUAAAAAAAGAGCAAAAACAAAAACAAGAAGAAAAAAAGAAAAAAGGAAAGGAAGAAUGAAUGAAAGAAAGAAAGACAGAAAGAAAGAAGGAAAGAAGAAAGAUCUUUGUUAUGCUUGUGCAUCCAGCUAUAUAUAUAGCUAGAAGUAACAUAGGAUAGACAAUUCUGGCAAAGUUUCCUCCCAAUUUCUCCUGCCCUAAAUAAACUAAUUUGUUGACUUUCAGGAACAGUGAUGACAACAAAUAAAUGAACCUAUCACAAAGGAGUAAAACAUAUAUUCCCAGUGAAAGAUAUAAGCCACACAAAUGAAGAUACCUGAAGUGAUUUAGUUUUGUUGACGUCAUCUCUAUUACGGCCAGACACAUGUCAGCUUUCAGAAGGGCCAUCCCAUUUAAGGCCCUUCGAUGGAUGUAAUAAUGCAGUUGGGCCGAAAAAAAAAAAAACUAAAAAAGGAAGCGAAGGUAGCAAGUCGAGACUCGGGAAUUUCCUGAGGUAUCAUAUAUCAUGAUUUAUGAUUAUACAUGUAAGUGGCCUUUUUUGUAGAUAUUUUAUUUUGUGGUCGACUUGGCGCUUCAGUGGCUCUAGCCAGAUUUUUUUCUUUGAAAUAAGAACAUCCAUGUACGAUUUAAUAAUUCUCAUAUAUUUGUAUCUCAUAUUGCACUAGGCAUUUAGUUUAGUAAGGCAAUCCCUUAUAUAUGAUGUAGGUUGUGGGACCAAAAACCUAUCUAGGAUUUUGAUUUAUAAUGGUAAUUGAACUGAGUGGAGUGCAAUUUGGUCUGAAAUCAUACGCGUGAUUUCAAAAUCGAACAAGCGCGCAGCGCGAGUUCGAUUUGAAAUCACAAGUAUGAUUUCAGACCAAAAUUGCACGACACGAAGUUCAAUUACCACUUUAUUACAUCCAUUUUGAAAUCGCAGAACUUAGUCAGUACUAAUAUUUUAUUGAUCGAGUAGCCGGUUUGUUAAAAAGCCGAAACAAAAAAGCUUUUACAUCUCAUUUUGCAUUCGAAACAGAAAUGAUGCGAUAUGGAACAAAAAUGGUGCGAUUUAAAACAGAAAUGAUGCGAUUUGGAACAUGAAUGAUGCGAUUUGGAACAGAUGCGAUUUAGAGCAAAAAAUGGUGCGAUUUAGGAAUAAAUCACACUGCUGAGAGCCAAUCAGAUUGCACGGAUAGCCAGUGAUUUCAAAGUGGAAGUAAUAAAACUUUUUAUUUCAAUAACUAUGUAAUGCUUAGAGUUUUCCAAUCUCUUCCUUUUUCUUAUUGUGUUCACCUAUAUAAAUCGAACUGCGAAACGUAUUUUUGAUACAUGCCUUUCCACUUAUUUGAAACUACUUUGAACAUUUCAGUUCGUGUAGGAGAGACCCACCUUGUUAAAAGCCGUGCAUGCGAUUUUCUCACAGAUGACUACGUCCUCCCACCAAAAAGGAAUGGUCUGACGGCUACCAAUUUCAGCCAGAGCUGGUAAAGUUGUCUCUGUAGAUUUUACCAAAAAGGUAAUUUUCCAUUAAUGUGCACGGUGUGGAAACCUGACUAAAAAAACGGCUGUGACACUUAGCUCUCUCUUUUUUUGUCUUCAUCAUCCUUAAGAGGCGCCUUCUUUAUAGAAAUUAAGAGAAAAGAACUGGGAUGGCUCAGUUAUUAUGGACGCUGUGUCAUCUUCUAUAUUCGUAAAAUGUGCCAUGCAUGCACCUGCUAAGUCGGCAGUCAUGAUAAUAACUCCAUUAAGGACAACUUAACCACAUAUGUUUCCUACUUUAUAAACAAAAAACUAAACCCACAACCAGAAAAAAAAAUAGUUGAUUGCAGUAUAGUUAAGGGCCUUGGGGGGCAAACGGGUAACCAUCCCUUGUUUUGGCUGGAAUAUUUAUACUAUUAGACUUCUCUUCUCUUACGUUAAAUUCCAAUGAAUCAACUUCCAGACCUCAAAAGGCGGUAAGAUUGGCAUCUAAAAACUAUUUGAAUUACCUCCCACGCAAUCCUGCAUUCCAAACAUGGACAAGGCAGUUUCGACGGCUGUUGAUUUCGCUGUUAUUGGUUCGCCCAAAGCCAUUAUAGGUGGCACAUGGAAGGUGUUACUAAGCUGUUCAUAGUGAACAGCAAGUGCAGUGCCACCUAACACUAGGAGAGCGGCUGGAAAAUUCUCUCCGAAGGCUUUUUCCUGGAAGUCCAGAAGUUUCAACAGACCGUCUCCGUCGUCUAAUUCAGCUUAAGAAAAUAAAAAAAAUGAAAUUAUGAAUUUAUAAGGAGAGUUAAUGAAGAACAAUCCAACGAACUAAAACAUUCGUUGCAAAAAGAGGUUUGCUGUUAUAAGAAAAGAAACAAGGUGAUUUGUUCCCAAUCCCAUAUGGAGAUAUACACCUAACAAGUAUAUAUGCGGAUAACAUGUUAUGUCUGAACAAGUACGUUAGCAAACACAAAGUAACGAAGCCAAAAUUGAAAAGAAAAAUAAUUACUCUACAUCACUGACGUUGAGGUCGCAACAUCGGAAUUCGACAGAAAUCCUCGAUGACACUAAACAUUGUCUCCUCUGAGGACAGUAUUCUUGAAGUUCCGUCAUUCCCCACGCUUAUGAUCAAAUUUUUCCCCAGGACCCACGUAGCCGGGUCUGAGUCCCGUUGAAGCCCCAGUAUCUAAAACAAUGCCGUUAAUUUUCAGUUACUUGAAACCUCACAUUCUUGCAUUGCACAUUAUUGGGAAACUUCAUUUCAUUAGCGUCAUUAACGACUCAUAGGUUUUUAUGACCCUUUUGGUAAUGAUUAUUUCGGAAUUAUUACCGAGCAAUAGUGAACAAAUGUCGCUUUUUUUAGCUUCUAGUAGGUGUAGUCUUAGCGGGAAUUUCCUAGCCUGCGAAAGCAUCCGUUUCUCCUUCGCUCUUCGCCGCUGGGGAGAAACGGAUGCUUUCGUAGGCUAGGAAUUUCCCUCCUUUUUUCCUUGCAUACAACCAAAUUGCUAUUUUAUACUAGUUACUGUCGUAUGAUAAAUGAUAUAUACUGUUACAGACUGAAUGUGUCAUUAGAGUAAAAAAAAAAGAUCACAUCUACGCCCUGAAUGAUUUUAAACAGGAAAUGAUAGAGUAUUACAAAACCGCCUUAAGUAAUUACUACUGUGAAAAUCCCCGCACUUUUAAGUCUGUCUGUUUUAAAUGUAAUAAGUGUCGUAGUCUUGCCCAGCCUGUCUCGUGUUGCUUUUAAUUUUGUGAUUAUCUAUUUUAACUAUUCUUAUAUUUUUUAAUUUUCUGGGCCCGCGGUAACUGGCUCACGCUGUUGCAGAAUCUCUGCCACUUUUUCUUUGUAACUUUGUUUGAUUACCUCUUCGUAUUUAUAUUAUGUUGGCGAAGCCAAUAAAAUAAAAAAUAAAUACUUCUCAUCAAAAUAAUUUUGAAGUCGAGGCUAGACGUAACUCUUUCCCAUCACCUCAAUUCAUUUCUAAAGUGAGGUUGAAGAAGUAACUUUGCAUUUUCUUAGGCCUCGAGCAGAUGUACGUCAAUUUUCUAAGACUAAUUUCGAUAGGUAGAGAGAGAUGCUAACCUUCACUGGUUGCAAGGAACGUGGCGAUGGUCCUGUUAGGUACUGGUCACUCAGCAUCUUAACGUAAGCAGGAAGGUACUGCUCUUUACUGGGCGCGGUCCAGAGGUUUCUCUUGGAUAAUUUGUUCAUAAUUCCAAGUUGACUGCUCAUUUCUUUGCAUGUGAGAAAAUGUGAUUCCCUGAAGGAGGAAAAGAAAACCUUUAUCGAUUUUGUACUAUUCCAUGGCUUGGUUAUCAAUUUUUGCUCGGAGCGAUCAGACAAUCAGGCGCGAAAAGUGCUUUUCACUACUGGUGGCCUAAUCGUGCCUCUCUCCCUUAAAAGAGAUUUAAACGGGUUCUACUGUCAAAGGAAAUCUUAGACAUAAUCGCGAAAUAACUUAAACUAUAACGACAGACAUUUUGUCGUAGUCAGCACUAUAUAUGUUUGUAAGGUAAAUUUUAGUCUCUGAGGUUAAAUCCAGUAUUUAACUUGGUGUAGUUUAGAGAAAUAGAACGUAAGGCUGCAGCAGAAAUAAUAAGUACCUAGGAAACGAAGAAAUUCUAAUUUAGCUAGAUUAUAUACACCACAUACCAUGAAAAGGCUUUAAAAUAGAUCGUUUUCCUUUUGAAUUGCAAAGUAACAGUAGGUGUUCAAACAAAUUUAAAUGCAUUGGCAUGAUAUGAAUGACCUUGACAUUUGUUUUUGCUCAAGAUCGGUGUAGAAAUUAUUUUCUGAUAUCAUUUAUAUCCCCACCCCAACCCCCACCCCCCGCCCCUUAAUAGGCUGUCACUUAAUCAUAAUUUAUCCUUGAAAACGAAAAAAAAAAGACUGUUAGCGUUUUUAAGUUCUUAACUUUUACCAUGAUUGUUCCCUGUGGAAGGGCAAAUUUAAGAAUUUUUUCAUGCUUAGCGUUCGUAAUAUCGAGUUAUGGAUGCACACGGGAAGUUUGGAGAGCAUGAAAUGUGUUUUUGACAACGCCAUUUUGUAAACAAAGUAGCCAACAAAAGCAUCUUCGUGCGUUCUAGACAGCCAAUGAAGGGAAUAAAUAAAUAAAUAAGCUUUUGCCUAACACACUGACAUUAAAACUUUAGACUGUUGGUGCCUCCGAGCAGUUGUAUCCAUUACUAGAGGUCUGCGUUUUGGCUCAUCAAAUUUGUUUAAAAAAAAAAAAAUUGAAAAUGUGACUAAUUUCGAAUGCCGAGGCGGCUAAGUGCACUGAAAACGAUGUCCUAUUCAAGAGAUUGAAAAUGGUAAAAUAGACGAGGGGUAGAUGCAUCCAGCUGAGAAGCUUCGUUAAUAAACUAAACAUUGAGAGAAAUCGGGUAUCCGAAAUAACUAUGCCGUCGUAUAGAUAUCAGCUUGGGUGGAUUUGUCCAAAAUAUGAUUGCUCAUGAAGCAAAAUAUAUCUUUAAUUUUUACUAGUUCUUAUAAAACGUCGUACUGGCGACAGACUGUGGUAAGAACUUCCAAGCGUCUAAUUUUAAAAUCAUUAUCAAGCUUACCCAUUAUCUCUCGAGGCUUGCUCUUCUUGAUGACUUGGAUCUACUGAUUUAGGUCGCACAUCAAUGUUUCUUCUCUCUCCUUUGACGUAUCCAACGCACUCAAGGCUAAAAUUUGUCAUCGAGACAAACGAGUUCCCUUUUUUGAAACCAAUGGAUCCUUCAAACUCGAUCAGUUUCGAAGAAGGAAUAUCCUCAAAUUCACUUUCAUCAGUUACUGUGGCGUUUGCUGUGGGUUCUACUGUAUCUCCUGACAUGAUGUAAACCUUAAAAAGACACAAAUGAAAACGUUAGUUUUUUGGUUGCACUACAUCAGGUUUUAGUCAAUUCUGAGUGACGAUAUUGUACCUCAGUAAUUUAUAUUACGGAAAAAUUGUUCCAUCAAAGAAAUGAAUUUGUCGAUUAAAACACGAUGGCGCAGUUUCAAUGAAAAGAACGAACAAUAGGUCAGACUGAAAGUAUAUGACUGAACAAAAAAUGAAUAUGAUGUCAAGCAAUGAUCAGUUACCUGUAAGUAAAGUAAGACGAAGUUCUCUCUCCACAAUACCGGGUCGAUGACUAGUAAGGUCUGACGAAAUGAAGUCGUUUAAGAAAGAUCUCCUAGUCUUAUUUCAGAGGACAUAACCAUAUUAAGCUAAGUUCAUGACAUCGGUUUUCGCAGCAUUGUUUGUUCAUAUAUGGCAAUCUGAUUGCAGCACAAAGUAACAAUAAGUUCCCAAUUUUACCGAAAAAACACUAUGGGGUUAUGAAAUCGUUAGUUAUCGGCAUAUUGACAAAUAUCACUGAAAUCGAUCCAUUUAUUUUGUAAUACACCAAUUAGUCGUCGCUUUGGUCAUUGAGCAUUGCUUUAGCUAAUUUUUAUUCUUUUAAGAAAGCUGUUGUGAUGAGAACCUACAAAAGGGUUAGAAACGAAAGCAGGUGUCUUCUCUUAAGGACGUAAAAGGACAUAAAAGGACUAGUAAGGAUAGAAAAAGACUAAUAAGGACGUAAAAGGACGGGAAAGGAUUAGUAAGGACGCAAAAGGACUAGUAAGGACACAAAAGGACUAAUAAGGACAUAAAAUGACAUAAAAGGACUAGUAAGGACGUAAAAGGACGGAAAAGGAUUAGUAAGGACAGAAAAGGACUAAUAAGGACAGAAAGGACGGAAAAGGACACAGAAGGACUAGUAAGGACAGAAAAGGACUAAUGAGGACAGAAAAGGAUUAGUAAGGACAGAAAAGGACUAAUAAGGACGUAAAAAGACGGAAAAGGAUUAGUAAGGACAGAAAAGGACUAACAAGGACAGAAAGGACGGAAAAGGACACAGAAGGACUAGUAAGGACAGAAAAGGACUAAUGAGGACAGAAAAGGAUUAGUAAGGACAGAAAAGGACUAAUAAGGACAGAAAGGACGGAAAAGGACACAGAAGGACUAGUAAGGACAGAAAAGGACUAAUGAGGACAGAAAAGGAUUAGUAAGGACAGAAAAGGACUAAUAAGGACGUAAAAAGACGGAAAAGGACUAGUAAGGACAUAAAAUUACUAGUAAGGACAGAAAAGGAUUAGUAAGGACGUAAAAGGACAUAAAAGGACUAGUAAGGAUAGAAAAGGCCUAGUAAGGACAUAAAAGGACUAGUAAGGACAUAAAAGGACUAGUAAGGACAGAAAAGGACUAGUAAGGACGUAAAAGGACUAAAAAGGACGUAAAAGGACGGGAAAGGAUUAGUAAGGACACAAAAGGACUAAUAAGAACGUAAAAGGACAUAAAAGGACUAGUAAGGACAUAAAAUUACUAGUAAGGACAGAAAAGGAUUAGUAAGGACGUAAAAGGACAUAAAAGGACUAGUAAGGACAGAAAAGGACUAGUAAGGACGUAAAAGGACUAAAAAGGACGUAAAAGGACGGGAAAGGAUUAGUAAGGACACAAAAGGACUAAUAAGAACGUAAAAGGACAUAAAAGGACUAGUAAGGACAGAAAAGGACUAGUAAGGACACAAAAGGACUAAUAAGGACGUAAAAGGACAUAAAAGGACUAGUAAGGAUAGAAAAGGCCUAGUAAGGACAUAAAAGGACUAAAAAGGACGUAAAAGGACGGGAAAGGAUUAGUAAGGACACAAAAGGACUAAUAAGGACGUAAAAGGACAUAAAAGGACUAGUAAGGAUAGAAAAGGCCUAGUAAGGACAUAAAAGGACUAAAAAGGACGUAAAAGGACUAGUAAGGACGUAAAAGGACGGGAAAGGAUUAGUAAGGACAUAAAAGGACUAAUAAGGACAUAAAAGGACUAAUAAGGACGUAAAAGGACGGGAAAGGAUUAGUAAGGACAUAAAAGGAAUAAUAAGGACGUAAAAGGACGGGAAAGGACUAGUAAGGACGCAAAAGGACUAAUAAGGACAUAAAAGGACUAAUAAAGACGUAAAAGGAAAGACGUAAAAGGACGGGAAAGGAUUAGUAAGGACACAAAAGGACUAAUAAGGACAUAAAAGGACUAGUAAGGACGUAAAAGGACGGGAAAGGAUUAGUAAGGACAGAAAAGGACUAAUAAGGACAUAAAAGGACUAAUAAGGACGUAAAAGGACGGGAAAGGAUUAGUAAGGACAUAAAAGGACUAAUAAGGACGUAAAAGGACGGGAAAGGACUAGUAAGGACGCAAAAGGACUAAUAAGGACAUAAAAGGACUAAUAAAGACGUAAAAGGACGGGAAAGGAUUAGUAAGGACACAAAAGGACUAAUAAGGACAUAAAAGGACUAAUAAGGACAUAAAAGGACGGGAAAGGAUUAGUAAGGACACAAAAGGACUAGUAAGGACACAAAAGGACUAAUAAGGACAUAAAAGGACUAAUAAGGACAUAAAAGGACCGGAAAGGAUUAGUAAGGACACAAAAGGACUAAUAAGGACAUAAAAGGACUAGUAAGGACGUAAAGGACGGAAAAGGAUUAGUAAGGACACAAAAGGACUAACAAGAACGUAAAAGGACAUAAAAGGACUAGUAAGGACAGAAAAGGACUAGUAAGGACACAAAAGGACUAAUAAGGACGUAAAAGGACAUAAAAGGACUAGUAAGGAUAGAAAAGGCCUAGUAAGGACAUAAAAGGACUAAAAAGGACGUAAAAGGACGGGAAAGGAUUAGUAAGGACACAAAAGGACUAAUAAGGACGUAAAAGGACAUAAAAGGACUAGUAAGGAUAGCAAAGGCCUAGUAAGGACAUAAAAGGACUAAAAAGGACGUAAAAGGACUAGUAAGGACGUAAAAGGACGGGAAAGGAUUAGUAAGGACAUAAAAGGACUAAUAAGGACGUAAAAGGACGGGAAAGGAUUAGUAAGGACACAAAAGGACUAAUAAGGACAUAAAAGGACUAGUAAGGACGUAAAAGGACGGGAAAGGAUUAGUAAGGACAUAAAAGGACUAAUAAGGACGUAAAAGGACGGGAAAGGAUUAGUAAGGACACAAAAGGACUAAUAAGGACGUAAAAGGACAUAAAAGGACUAGUAAGGAUAGAAAAGGCCUAGUAAGGACAUAAAAGGACUAAAAAGGACGUAAAAGGACUAGUAAGGACGUAAAAGGACGGGAAAGGAUUAGUAAGGACAUAAAAGGACUAAUAAGGACGUAAAAGGACGGGAAAGGAUUAGUAAGGACACAAAAGGACUAAUAAGGACAUAAAAGGACUAGUAAGGACGUAAAAGGACGGGAAAGGAUUAGUAAGGACAGAAAAGGACUAAUAAGGACAUAAACGGACUAAUAAGGACGUAAAAGGACGGGAAAGGAUUAGUAAGGACAUAAAAGGAAUAAUAAGGACGUAAAAGGACGGGAAAGGACUAGUAAGGACGCAAAAGGACUAAUAAGGACAUAAAAGGACUAAUAAGGACGUAAAAGGACGGGAAAGGAUUAGUAAGGACACAAAAGGACUAAUAAGGACAUAAAAGGACUAGUAAGGACGUAAAAGGACGGGAAAGGAUUAGUAAGGACAUAAAAGGACUAAUAAGGACGUAAAAGGACGGGAAAGGAUUAGUAAGGACACAAAAGGACUAAUAAGGACGUAAAAGGACAUAAAAGGACUAGUAAGGAUAGAAAAGGACUAGUAAGGACAUAAAAGGACUAAAAAGGACGUAAAAGGACUAGUAAGGACGUAAAAGGACGGGAAAGGAUUAGUAAGGACAUAAAAGGACUAAUAAGGACGUAAAAGGACGGGAAAGGAUUAGUAAGGACACAAAAGGACUAAUAAGGACAUAAAAGGACUAGUAAGGACGUAAAAGGACGGGAAAGGAUUAGUAAGGACAGAAAAGGACUAAUAAGGACAUAAAAGGACUAAUAAGGACGUAAAAGGACGGGAAAGGAUUAGUAAGGACAUAAAAGGACUAAUAAGGACGUAAAAGGACGGGAAAGGACUAGUAAGGACGUAAAAGGACUAAUAAGGACAUAAAAGGACUAAUAAAGACGUAAAAGGACGGGAAAGGAUUAGUAAGGACACAAAAGGACUAAUAAGAACAUAAAAGGACUAAUAAGGACGUAAAAGGACGGGAAAGGAUUAGUAAGGACACAAAAGGACUAGUAAGGACACAAAAGGACUAAUAAGGACAUAAAAGGACUAAUAAGGACGUAAAAGGACCGGAAAGGAUUAGUAAGGACACAAAAGGAUUAGUAAGGACACAAAAGGACUAAUAAGGACAUAAAAGGACUAAUAAGGACGUAAAAGGACGGGAAAGGAUUAGUAAGGACACAAAAGGACUAAUAAGGACAUAAAAGGACUAGUAAGGACGUAAAAGGACGGGAAAGGAUUAGUAAGGACAGAAAAGGACUAACAAGGACAGAAAAGGACGGAAAAGGGCACAAAAGGACUUGUAAGGACAGAAAAGGACUAAUGAGGACAGAAAUGGACUACUAAGUACAUAAAAGGACAUAAAAGGACACAAGAGACAAGCGAGGAGUAGAAAGUACAGAAAAGAGGAGUUUUGAGAAAUGCGUACUACUUACAAGACGUUAUACACAGUGUUCAUUUGAUUUAUGUUGCACGACUAUAUGGUGUGCUACCAUGCAUGUAGUGCAUACCCAUCACAGACUAAGACUGUAUUACACGUAUUACUAAGGCUCUUCGAUACUCAAGAUCUCGCUGAAAAGAGCAGAUAGUAAGGCAAGGUAAGUUGUCCUGGCUCGCCUUUUCUCUAACUUUUUAAGCUUAAUUCCAACUUGUUUAUGACGAGUUCGAAUGACUGUCUCAAGUACUCAGUAACUAACAUUUCAGUGAGCAAUGAAACCAGCAUUAACCGUUUAAAGUAAAUUAUAACUAAACAUGUGUAUUUAUUUGGCAUAACCUUUCAAUACUAAGCAAGCAACGAGACCAUGACGUUGAAGAUGAUAAUGUAAAAUCAUGUAAGGACUUUGGGGGUCUGAAGGAGUAGAAUUUCCUUGUUUUGUACUGGAAAAUAGGAGUUUGGUCACUGGUACUGGGAAUUACUAAAAGAAAAUAAUGGAAUUAAGAAAGGACAUCUGUAUAAAGUAAGCUUACAUGUAAUGUGAUACAAAGAUUCUUAUGAAAAUUUUCACAGACUAUAGAAGAACUAAUAAACAGAAUAGAAAAGUGUUAACAAGUGUUGAAUUUGCAAGUAGGCAAAGAUAAUCUACGUAGUCUGGUUCUAUAUUUUCAUGCGUCAGUCAAUAACAAACCCAAGCUUCCCAAUUCCCCGGGUGGUCAUAGCAUCAUAAGUGGUGAAUAAUUUAACAGCAUGCAUGUAUUUUUUGAAGCAGAUACAAAAGUUUAUUUUUGAUUUUAAAUUGCGUGGGUUUUAACUUAAAUGAACAGAGAAUGAAUAGACAUUUUCAUGAGUCUUUCAAUGCAUAGCUAAUGCAGACCAUGAUUGAAUUAGAAUGUAUUUUCAUGUAAGUGCCAACGUAGUUGUUAACAUCUUCACAGUUUCAUACCUUCAUCUGCAGUUCAAAGUAUGAUUCAUUUCAUAUAUUACCAUUAAUUUUAAUCUUCAUUGUGCACUGCUCCUAUGAAAUGAUAUUGUGGUUCUUGAGAGGAUAUAGUGCAGCACAUACUGUCAGGAAAUUGAAUGUCUUACUUUUUGGGAAGCAAAGCACACAGUCAUGUUAGAAACCAGAAAUUGUUCUAUUUGCACCAUAGUUGUAUCGUCAGUAAAUCUAGGUUUAAAGGAAAAUAAAAUUUAAAGAAACAAGUUGUGAAAGGUAAGACUGUUAAGAGAGUCAUAGCAGUCAUAGCUGUUUUGGAUUCUCUUGUCUACAUACACCAUUAUUAAUCUGCAAAUACAACUGUCUCUCUUGUGAAAUGUCCCUGGUGGCAAGGAAAGAAAAUAGGCUGCUUUAUUUGGGAGAGUUGAAAAAACUGACCCCCACUCCGCGGACUACCCACUGACCCCACUCCGCGGACUACUCUACGGACUACUCCGCGGACUACUCUACGGACUAGUCCGCGGACUACCCUGCGGACUACCCUAACUAAUCAACCAAAUUUACUUUCACGGAGAAAAGAGUUACAAGAAGCGUACCUGCCUACAAGAUCACACUUGAUAAUUUUUAAUUUUUAAAAUUUUUAAAACCUUCGAAGCCUUCAUCGAACAAGCGAACUUAAAUCACCCAACUAUCAAAUUCACGGCCGAAAUAUCUGACACUGAGACUGUGUUUUUAGACACGAUUGUAUACAAAGGCACAAGAUUCAAGGAAAAAUCUAUCCUUGAUGUAAAGACACAUUUUGAAAAAACGGAAACCUUCCAGUACACACAUUUCACCUCUUGUCACCCGCCGAGUGUUAAAAAAGGAUUUGUCAAAGGAGAAGCCUUGAGAAUCCUACGAACAAACUCCUCAAAAACUACGUUUGAGGAAAAUAUUUCAAAUUUCAAAAUACGCUUGAUUGACAGAGGCUACCCACAAACUAUGAUAGAAAACCUUCUACCAGAUAUAAAGUUCACAGAGAGGGAGUCUGCUCUCUUGAAACACAACAACAAAGAGGAAAAAGAAAUAUUGCCUUUCGUGACACAGUACCAGCCCUCAGUGUCUACUUUAAAAGAAGUUUUAAUGAAAAACUGGAAUCUUAUACAAACCCAACCGUUACUUCGCCAAAUUUUUAAAGAACCACCUAUCAUUUCCUACAAGAAAGGAAAAUCCCUAAAGGACAUGCUCGUUAGAGCUAAAAUAUAAAUGUAUUUAUCAUGGGUUAUGUAACCUUUUCUUUGGGGUGUUACAUGGUAUGCUGUUCUGUUGCUUCAUUAGCGGUAGGCUAUAUAUAUUCGAGUUGUUCUCAUAUAUAUUCAUUCGCGUCUUACGACCGUCCCUACGCCCUCAAAAUUAAAUACCCAGUGACCAGGGGUUUCUCUUAGACGUAGUUUUUUGCAUGCUGCUAUAUGAAAGGUUUAGCACGUUUUGUAUGUUUACUGAAUCAUUGUUAUACGAGCAUAGUUUAGAUCAUUUUGUAGGGUUGUUCUUCUUGCUGUAAUUUUUUACAUUUCCGAGUUUUCAUUCUGUUUGUUGUAUUAUUUCCAUCCAUUCUGUUGAUGAAGGCAUAAUAAAGAGGGUCGCACACGGCGCUUGUUGACACACCCCAGUUGAGGUUGCUUGUUACAUGAUAAAUGUUUUAUAUUCGUUUGAGCGGGGUAGCGAAUUAGAAUAUAAAAGGUUUACACAAGGUUUCACGCCGGUAUAGAUGUGCGGCCUGUCACCCCUUGCAUUUUCUCAGGCAAACAAUUGAAACAAAUUAAAAGGGAUGAAUAUUCAACACACAAUUACCGGUCAUCCAUUGCUGAACGGCGUGCUCUGACUUGUGGCCGAUGAAGACUGGGGCGAAGCUAAAGGAGAGCUGGGUCCACAGGUAACCCAGGCUCUGUGAUAGUACCACAGUACGGUUCCAGUAAAAUUACAGUGUUUGUAUGGGGUAAAAAUAUCAUCCUAAAAUUUCUAGGAAAUACUAAAUAAAGAUCAAUGAAACUUACUCUGCAGUUAAUUGUUGUUGUCCUUAUUGCUCCAACGAAGUUUCGUGAUAAUUUGCAGUAAUUUGUUCAAAUUCACUCUAUCUACAAUAAUAAUAUACAAGGUAGGAAACACGAGGUGCCAUUUUCGCCGACAUGCUCUCAUUCAACACAACUUUUUUCCACGAAAUUCGAACUCCAACGGAAAAUAAACAUGCCAGGAUCGUAGAAAUAGGAUAGCAGCAGAUAUAGAAACCAAUGAAGCUUUCCCAGAUGGAGAAACGAAUCCAACAGACUUGGACAAACUCGAAGAAUAUAAUCCAAACACACCGAGAAUACGCUCGCCGAAGCAGCCGGGCCAGAUCAACGCGCGGCCAAGAAAAUGAGGCCUGGGCACUGUACAAAAAUAUUCCAUCCCGGCGAUCCUGGGGUGACCUUUCUAGGGACCGAUACAUCAUUUGCCCAAAGCCACCCUCCCCUGCUGGAAAAAUACUUGAUAGAAGGCAAUUGUUCUUCCUAGCCAAUCACCAUUUGCCAGAGCAAACCCCGCACACGCGCCUGAAUUUAAAUGGCUAAAAAAAAAUGAUAUAUCAGGAGAGUCUGCGGAGUUACAAGGCGUCCCAUUUCUUUUACUAAGGAAUGCAAAUAACGGUAAUGAAACUAAUGAAAUAACAACGCGAAAUGCUUACAAGGCGGGCUAAAAACAAGGUUGAACAAAAGGUAGAUGAUGACUGAGAUACUGUUGCUGUGAACUCUCGAGCGAAACUAUCGUAAAUAAACGGUGAAGCUUACAAACUAAUGUCAAAAAUUAUACAGAAAAUUGCGACAGAAUAUGAAUUGCGAUAACUGAGACGAAUGCGAAAGGCACGUGCACUAGUAAACAAAGAACUAGCGCGAUUAACAUAUUUAGCGAUUAAUGCAGCAGUAACACGCCGACUUCUUGUCAAUACAAGUGAACGCUCUAUCGGUUAAAUAUGUGAAUCAUCGUGAUACACCUCUCUUUGAAUUUGGUCCUGUUGUACAAAUGCCUCGGUAAGAGCCAAAAUUCACUUAUAUCUUUUGCUCGUUUUCAAGUUUUGUAAAUCGUCCUUCGUUGUUCUUUCCUUUGCCCUUAUAACCUUGCCCUAUUGAUGUUUGAUAAACUUUCUGAGGACCAGCGCCAGGAGCUGAAUAUAGUUCGAGAGGAAAAUAAUCUCUUUAUAACAGGCCAUAGUGAUUGGCUAGGAAGAACAAUUGCCUUCUAUCAAGUAUUUUUCCAGCAGGGGAGGGUGGCUUUGGGCAAAUGAUGUAUCGGUCCCUAGAAAGGUCACCCCAGGACCCCCGGGAUGGAAUUUUUUUGUACAGUGCCCAGGCUUCAUUUUCUUGGCCGCGCGUUGAUCUGGCCCGGCUGCUUCGGCGAGCGUAUUCUCGGUGUGUUUGGAUUAUAUUCUUCGAGUUUGUCCAAGUCUGUGGGAUUCGUUUCUCUAUCUGGGAAAGCUUCAUUGGUUUCUAUAUCUGCUACUAUCCUAUUUCUACGAUCCUGGCAUGUUUAUUUUCCGUUGGAGUUCGAAUUUCGUGGAAAAAGUUGUGUUGAAUGAGAGCAUGUCGGCGAAAAUGGCACCUCGUGUUUCCUACCUUGUAUAUUAUUAUUGUAGAUAGAGUGAAUUUGAACAAAUUACUACAAAUUAUCACGAAACCUCGUUGGAGCAAUAAGGACAACAACAAUUAACUGCAAAGUAAGUUUCAUUGAUCUUUAUUUAGUAUUUCCUAGAAAUUUUAGGAUGAUAUUUUUACCCCAUACAAACACUGUAAUUUUACUGGAACCGCACUGUAGUACUAUCACAGAGCCUGGGUUACCUGUGCUGGGUCGAGUAAAAUGGCGAAAAUCAAGAUGGCGGCUGUUUAUCAAGUGUGAUCUUGUAGGCAGGUACGCUUCUUCUAACUCUUUUCUCCGUGAAAGUAAAUUUGGUUGAUUAGUUAGGGUAGUCCGCAGGGUAGUCCGCGGACUAGUCCGUAGAGUAGUCCGCGGAGUAGUCCGUAGAGUAGUCCGCGGAGUGGGGUCAGUGGGUAGUCCGCGGAGUGGGGGUCAGUUUUUUCAACUCUCCCGCUUUAUUUACAGGGUACACUGUACAUUAUUAUUAGGAGGCAUUGUUUUCAAGAUUGAGGAUAAGGGCUUUAAAUAGCAAAGUGGCUUCACUCCUGUUACAUUAACUAGGAACCUUGAACGUUUCGUAUUAAAAAGGAAAAAAAUAUAUUAGGUAAAGUUUCAGGAAAAUUUGAAACUUUUGGGAAUAUGGUGCUUAUAUGUUUCUAUAUUUUCCCUGAAAGUCUUUGGUGGAGCUCAUGAGAAGGCUAGGGAUGUUUAUUGAUUUGGAACUUUAGUCCGGGACAGGUAGAAAUUUAGUUCGAACAUGUAAACCUUUGAUAUGACUUGUCCGUGGGACAAGCACAUUUUUAAUUAGAAAAAUAAAGAUAAGAAACAAUAUUCCAUUUAACUUUGCCAUUCCACUGCCAGUCGUUUCAUCCAUUUGCUUUUUUACAAGCUCUGUUGUAGGUUUAAUUCAAAAAUAAUAUACAAGGGUAAUAAUGUGAUUAAAUAAUGUCAUUAAAAACAUUAAAUGCCCGUUGCAAGCUAAACUUUUUGGACAAGAACUCUAGGUCUCGGACAACCAAAUUUAAUGUAUUGCUUGUGUGAAGGACAAAUGGAUAGGAAAAUUUCUCUCUUACCAGGGUGCAAAGAAGGUGACUUUUAAAGCUUGCCAUUCGGGCAAGCUGAAGCUAGCAUAUACUAGCCCAAAUGUCAUUUCAACUAGCCCCCAAACCGUUUUGAUGAGCAGAAUCGAUUUCACAGUUCUUCGUUAAUUUGAAUUCCUCAAAAAAACUUCACUUGCCCAUCAGGCAAGUUAAGUUCAAAAUUCACUAGCUCAAUAGCAAAAUCCACUAGCCCCGGGCUAUCGGACACUACUUUCUUUGCGCACUGCUUACUCUCUAAUAAUAAUAAUAAUGUACAUCCAGUAGUUUUUCAUAGCUUUUUACAACGAUAUUAAUGGAUGAUUCUUUUAUAAAAAUGCAUACAUUAAAAUAAAAAAAAGAUAUACAUUGUAAAACAUUGAACUCUAAUAAUAUAAUAAACCAUUGUUAAUAAAUUUAACAUAUAUAUAUGCUUCAGUCUCCCCAACUAGUAAGGCACUGUGCCUGUGUUACAAGACAUGAGACUUUAAUAAAGUUCAUUACUAUUAUUAUUAUUAUUAUUAUUAUUAUUAUAGGGUUUCCAUGUAGCAUUUUACCCUGAUUUUCACUCAACUGCAAGUAGGGUUCUGAAUGUAAAUAUUAUUGCCUUUAAGGAAAGCCUUUAACUCAUACUAGUCAAACAUUUUGAAUCUUUAACAGUCAGAUGAAUCUUAUUCAGUUGUGUGAAUUUGUGGACAUUGAAAUCAUUUGCUACUCAGGUUUUGCACUGUUAUUAGACCACUUGUGGAAAAUGCCUUAUCAUUUUUUUCCAAUUUUUAGUCUUGGUUUGUGAAAAGAGGCAUGUGGGGAACCCUGUGUCAAGUAAAAUUGUGCUGAUUGUAGUAAUUUGGCCAUGAGUGUAGGAAAAAAUAUUAUUAAUUAGUAAUAGCAGGCGGUGUCCUCUGGCAACUUAGGGGGUGUUUACAUGACACCGGGGCAACUUUUGCCCCGGAGCGAGUUCACUCCGGUUCCCUCUCAUAGCUCUAUAUUUGUUUACAUGAUACCACCACAAAAUGUCAUGCAGGCGCGAGUCACCCCAGCGCGAGUUCACCCCGGUUCUUGUACCGGGGCGAGAAUCUCACUCUGGUACAAAAUCUCAUGGCAGUAUCAUGUAAAUGCGAAACGACCACCCGUUUCGGCAUGAAAUCGGUCUGGCGGUAGACUGGAAUGGGUAGCGCACGCGUAAUGUUUGCUAUUUUGUAUCACACUUGUAUUUUAUCAACAUAAAGUGUACCUUCAAAUAACGAGAUAUGAAAUGACUCAGUCAUAAUGUAAACCCGAUACAAAAUCAAAAAGUCAUCCCGGUAUGAGACUCGCGCCGGUGUGAGUUUUCUCAUGUCAACACCCCCUUACUGUACAUGUACUUGUGCCUUUAGUGCGCGAUUAAGUGUAUUAUCACUAGCCUACAAAUAAUCUGUGUAGUUUACUCAAAUAAUACUUGCUUUCUAUUUAUUCAGCAGAUCAGCCUGGUAUGGGAUGUUGGUGACAGAAAGUCCGCUCAAAGCAAACAGGAUUAAUACAUGUUAAUUACAAGCCUUAGUCUUGUAAAGUGGUUCUAGGGCUGUCACUAAGGGCCAUAAACCAGACUUUAAAUUGGCUCCUUUGAGCCCAAUACUUGGCUGUUUUGAGAGGAAACGAAACUUUCCACAUUUUCAAUGUCCCGCUCACUAAUUUCACUUAAACCCUGCAACUUGCAAUCUUAGUGACAGCCUUGUGCAUCUAACUUUUACAUCAUCAGUUUAUGAAAAUGAUUUGUUAUUUGGAUUUUGUUGUUAAGUUUGACUGUAAACACUUCUGGGAGUGAAAAGGCUAAAUCAAGAAACCAUCAAUGUUAUACAUGCAUUAGGCUUUCAGUCUUUUUAUUUCUUAUCUAAAAUUGUUUAAGCUUUUAAUUUGAAUUAUGCUAAAUUAUACUAAAUAUUUUCAUUUUGGAAGAGACCAUUUUGACCCACCUUUACAUGAAUUUGCGUGUUAGAGUUGCUGGUUUUUUAUCAAAAUUUAACUUCACCAGUUUUCUUGUACACCCUGUACCUUACAUGUAAAUGCUAAUAAUUAUUUCAGACUAUAAAUCAUCUUAAUUUGGUAUAAUACUAAGUUAAGAUGAUUUUUUUUGGAUAUUUUGAGAAGACUGUUUUGACCCAUUUGAAAAGUUUAUGUACACUGUAUCUUCUUAUUUAAACCUUACGUGUUGGAAAAAUUUUCGUUUUUAUUUUUUUAUUUUUUAAUGUAAUGACAAAGAUGCUAACACAGAAAUAAAUCAUGUUAUAUUUAGAAAAUUCAGUUUUAGAGAAUCAGUGUGUUUUGUUUUUUAAAACCUUGUAAUAUCACUCUUUGCGGGACUAAACUUAAAGAAUGCGAUUCGUAUUUGCAGCUUUUGCAGUUACAACAAUGUAGCAUACCUGGCGAUUUUCAUGGGAUUUGAAAUGUAAAAAUAAAGAUAGGCAAUUUGAAAAUUGGUUAUGGUAAUGCAAAAUUGGAACGGAAAGGGGCCCUAUUUUUUAAACUACUACUUAUUCAAAGUUCAUCUACUGGUUAAACAAUAUAACUCCAUUAAAGCAAGUUAUAUAUAACUUAAUAGUAGGGAUGACUAAUGUCAGUUUGAAGUUGGGUUCUUAUUUUUCUAUAGGUCUAUUGGGUUCUCAACGCUUUAUAACUUUUCGUUUUUGUUGUCAGUUUUGAAGAAUAAAAACAAAAUUUCUGGCCUAAUCCUUUAACUGUGUGUUGAAGUGUUGUUACAUAUUAGGGUAUUUUAUUUUGUGUCGAAACUUGAAUUGAGGAUUACUCAUACAAUUAUUUGUAAUGUAUAUAUGAGUAAUCCUCCAUGGCUCCAGAUUGUAAAUACUAUGGAGAGAUGAUGGGGAACCAAAGAAAAUAACCGUUAUUAAGUACAUAACAAAAAUCCAAUGUUUGUGUGACAUGGACAAAAAUAAAAUUUUGAUUGUUAAAAGUUUGGUAAGAAAAAUUUACCGAUUACCAUUAUAUUUCCCUUUAUUUUUAAAGUUUCCAGUGUGUUUAUGUGUAUAUAUAUAUAUGGCGUAAAGGAGCUUGUAUUUUCGCUUUACACAAGCUUAAAGUAGGGUUUACACAAGCUUUACGCAAAACGUAAAGGUGUUGCGUAAAGUUUUUGUUUCAUUACGCCAGCUUUAUAUGUACGCGUAAAGGUGCUGUAAAGCUGAACUUUACGUAGGGUAAAGGAAGCGUAAAGUUGUGUAAAGUUCAACUAUACGCUGACUUUACGUUGUCAUUACGCUCACGUAAAUUUGAUUUUUCAUGCUGUGAUAGCAUGAACAUAAUCGCCACGUUUCACGAACUCUUUGACGGGAAUCCCAUAUUUUACGUGAGAUAAAAAUCCUGAAUUCACAGUGCCAUUGGAAUGUUCCUUUGAGGUUAAAGUGAGAUGGACUUUAGUUGAAUCCGGCAAUUUUUCCUUUAAGAUAAUAUCUCUUACCGCUUCAAAGAGGGACUCCGACAACCCAUCUCCCAAAGAUUCCUCUUCGGUGGCUUUACGUAGCUGAUCAAACGUGACGGAAAAUUGCUCUUUUUUGACUGCUCCCUUUAAACCUUGCCGUUUGUAUGGUAGAAACGUGAGAUUGGCUUUGAACAAAGGAUUCUCAGACAGUUCCAAACGGUUGGCUCUCUCUCCCAAAAAAUCAUCCAGGUCGUCGUCCAUGAGGUGAGACAUAUCAACAUCAUCUUCAUCGUCUAAUUUUCUUUUGACUGCCUGUGGCUCUUCUUUUUUCACAGGGUUUAGGUCCUUCUUCUCACUGUCAAGGUCUUUUUUCAUGCGUCUAGUAGUCACAGCCCCACCCGUCUGACUUUCAAUUGAUAAAUGGGGUACUUUGUCUGCAUGUAAUAACUCCAUCCUCGCUAAUUCACUGCUUUCUUCUGCUUUUCUCUUAGCUUUUUCAGAAUGGAAGUGUUUGUUAUGUUUUGACAGAUCAUCUUUUCUUUUAAAAGUUGAUUCACAAUACGGGCAUGGAAUAGGGACUGUUGUCUUCCCGCAAUAUUUCCUAUGACGUGGAUAGGAACUUCUAUUCUUGAGUUUCUUUCCGCAGGUAGGGUAUGGUCUUGGAUAAGUAAAAACCAUUAUGGAUGAGUUCCGCUCACUCCAAAUGAUGUGGGGUUGAAUGAAAAAAUGAGAGUUGCUAGCGGUCUUUUAUACCGACUCUAGUCAAAAGAAUGACGUCAUGAUCUAAAAAUAGAAACAAAUUCUGCCGAGUCAGCAAAUCCUUGUGUGAAAACGUGCAAGUUUUCAUGACCCUAGAGAUUGGACCUUGGACUCUACUGAUUGUUAGGUUGAGACAUUGAACUCGACCGAUGUAGCGCUCAACACGGCCCUCGACUGAUUAGGGUUAGGAAAAUGCCUUCGAUUUGUUAGGGUUAAACACUGCCCUCGACUGAUUAGGGUUAGAAAAAUGCCUUCGAUUGUUAGGAUUAAAAACUGCCCUCGACUUAUUAGGGUUAGAAAAAUGCCUUCGACUCAUUAGGGUAAGACCCUCCGCCCAAAAUUUCUUCAUCGCCUUUUCCUUAGCAACAACUAGCGUUCUUAGUUACAGAUGUUGCCUUUAGGGUGUCCGCUGUAUACCGUCAUCACUCCAAAAUUUAGAAGGCUUUGUAUGGCGACCAACCUCAUUUGCAUAACAAUAGUGCGUAAAGAGACCUGUACUACUGCUGAUAUCGCGGAUGAAAGUUUAUUAUACAGGCCCAUUGAUUACAUUCCUCCUGGCGUUUUUGACUUGAUCGACGAGAAAAUAAUCUUUGAUGCUGCAACCACAACAAAGGGCUCAGCCAGGCUGUCGGGAAUGGAUGCCGAGCUAUACCGAAGAAUCCUUUGCUUCAAGAAUUUCAAGGUUGAGGGCAAGGCUUCUAGAGAGGAGAUAGUCAUUUUCACAAGAAAUUUGUUAAAGAUCUCUUACCAUCCAUCUUUGCUGGAAGGCUAUACCUCCUGCAGACUCAUCCCCUUGGACAAAAACUCUGGAAUACGACCUAUUGGCGUUGGUGAGGUCCUGAGGCGAAUAGUUGGAAAAACUAUUGCAAGAUUUUUGAAGGAAGAGAUCAAAGAAGCAGCGGGCCCCAUUCAGGUUGCGCAGGCCAUAACGCAGGCUCAGAGGCAGCGAUACAUGCUAUGA